AUGGCGAUCAAAUUAAUACGGCUUUUCGCUCUUUUCAGCGUCUUUUGUGUGUUGCCUACAACAGCUGGAACACUUUCGCUGGACGAGUAAGUUGGGACUUUAAGGCGUGUGAAAUUUCAGUCCAUGUCAAGAUGUGAGGGGAUUUUCUUUUAUUUCCUCACAGUGUAAAGACAUGGGCGAGCAAUGCAGGAAGAGAUAUAAAGACAUUUUUCGACGACGCGGCCAAAUUUGAGAAACUUCAAGAGGUAGCUUUGGACUGUUUGCUUUCCGUAACGUUGCUCACGCUUUUAUAUAACUUCUGUAUACUGUUAAUAGCGGAAACAAUGCUUUUAGCUUUUACCAGUUGCCUGACGCGUUAAUUUUGUCUCUUGACGAUUUUUGGCUUUCAGGAGUACAAUUCUUUUGGAUUGUCGGUCAAGGAGAAAAAUGGAAGUGCCAUUGUGGAUGAUAUGAAACGAAACCUUCAGCGUGUUUUAGCGCAAAAAAUAAAGUCCAUCAAGGUUUGUUUCCGCUGUCUGUUGGCGGCAUAAAUGAUUGUGAGUAAAUACUCGCGGUGUAAAAAGCAUUAUUUUAAAACUCUCAACUCUCGUAAUUUUUUGCAGUAGGGCCUCAGGAAGCUGUUUAAAUUUGUACAAUUGCUCCCGAUUCGGGUGGACAUUCGUCUCGCUUUUCAUGGUAUUAAAUUAUAAAAGGUGCAGUCAGCCAUAAAAUUAAACUUGAGCGGUUUGAUUCCCGCUCAUAAAAAUAAAAAUUGAAACUUUCAUGAUACUUUGAAUUUCAAGUGGAUCCUGUGCCUUACUGAAGCGAAGUCAAUGGUGUUUUGUCUCCAAAAAAAUUCUGCGACAUUAGCAGACUGAUAUAAUAUUUUUCCUCGAGAAGUUAGCGUUUUAUCCAUGAGGCAGGUUUAAUUUUUUAUGAGAUGUGGUGAGCAUUUUUAAUGCGCGCGACUGACUUUUCAGCCUGAAAUUAAAAUUAUGCCAGAGAGUGUUUUUAUUUUUGCGAUUGCAAUUUUUUUUACCUGCUUUUUGAAUUUAAGGUUACGUAAACUGCAUUUUUGUGGUAUUUUAUUUUUCCAAGAAAUCUGCUACUGUCGUGUUAUGUGGUACAUCUGUAAAUUUAAAUCUUCAAGGCUUUGCAAAUUAAUGUAAACAUACAAAUGAGAUGAAAAUUGCUGUAUUAUUGAAGAUGAGUUUUUGUGAAAUUUUACAAAGGGCAUAUUCUAAUUUCUGUUUUAAUACAGUUUUAUUGAGUGUUAUUUAGAAGGAUAUUUUUUUAAAAUUAAACUUUUCUUCAGGCUUUCAAACAACUUUAAGCAAAACAUAUUAUUAAACAUAUUUACCAUUAAUUUUGACCUGGGGCACCUAUUUUAAUUUUCUGAGUCAAGAAGGGUAUGCUAAGUUGAAGAAAGCUUUUUUCUUGUUUUUCUGAAGUAGAGCUUAAGAGGCGGGGGAGGGGUAGGUAUGAGCCACCCUAAAAGGUAUGGUUUUUGAGAUGUUUUGGUCUGAAAACAGGCAUAGAUUUUGUGUAUGGUUUUCAAGGGAACUGUGAGCAGGUAUAAACAUAUUUUGUCUUUUUAGCUUUAAAUGUAUAAGAAUGUCCAUUAUCAAAUACUACUGAAUAAUUAGCAAUAUUUAGUUGUUAUUGGAUGGGCUGUGUAAUAUGAUGUGAAGAAUUAUACAAAUCGAGGAUGGUGUUCCGCCCUGCCGAAUAACACUCUCUGAGAUCUGCAAUUCUUUGAAUCACAUUCUUUGGAGCCAAAUCCAAUAGUAAAAACAAAAUUAAAACAAUAUUGUCAUUGUUUUAUUAUUAAUUCAAAAUAAUUUUACUUUAAAAACGUGCUUUCCUUGAUUGAUGUUAAGUACUUGUCUUCAUUUACAAGCCUGUUCCAUGGUUAAUUCGAGAUAUAAAGGGGUCUUUGUUGAGGCGUGUAUGGUUGAGCGGUUAACACCAAGAACUCUGGAUCUGGAUGUCCUCGGUUCAAGCCUUGCCCAUUGUGUUGUUUUCUUAGACAAGAAACUUAACUCCACUUUGUCCCUCUUCACCCAGGUGGUGGCUGUGCAGGUGUAUAAAUGGGUACCGGCAACAUACAUCUGGGGGGUAACUCUGGGAUAGACUAGCAUCCCAUUCAGGGGGGAGUAUCAAUACUCCUAGACAUGCUUCAUGCUAAGGAAACCGGGAUAAGCUCCUGAGCCAUGUGGGCCAUUUGCUCAUGUGUGCCUUUAUCUUUUUACCUUUUGAGUCUAACAGACAUUCUUCAAUAUAGCAGUUGUUUUCUGCGGAGUUGUAUCUUAGUCCAGCUUAUAUUUCUUCUUCCUAAAACCUGUGAAAUGUUCCACUGUUUUCUCCAGCUCUACAAUAAACAGCUGAGCUAAUGUAACUUCAUCACUUGUGUUGUUUGGUUGCUGUCCCUUUUUCUGUGUAUUCCUCAUGAAGUGAGGCCGAAGUGCUUGCGAAGCCGAGAUUUAUUAUGUUGUUCUGUCCUUGGAUUCCAGAGCAAGGCAGAAACACUAGUUGCCUUUAUAUAAUAAUAUUUUAUUGUAUAAUUCUUGGUUGGUGUCUGCAUGCGGCAAUGACAUCAUUUGGUGAUCAAGAAAUGCUUUUGGCAAUUUCUUUACACUCUAUGGUGGCCAACCUAGUCAAUUGUCAUUGAUUUGAGAAUCUCUUUAUGUCAGGUAAUAAUUAAUAAAAACGUGUAGCUAUAUAACUUUGUUAUUUCUCGUUUCAGAAUCUUGCAAAGAAGACUCAAGCAUUAAGGCAUAAUUACACUUAUGAGAAUCCCAUUAAAGUAUGUAAAAUUAAAGUUAUGGCAUAUGUCAUUUUCUAGUUUACUAAACUGCAUUGCAGACCCAGUUUCUUUAAGCAAUAGGAAACAUUUUCUGCGUUUGCAUAGCCUGAUAUAAACACGAGAGGGGUUGGGACAAUGCGAGACAGCUAUGCAAACCUGAGACGAAGUCUCGAGUUUGCAUAACUGUUGAGAAUUCUCCCAAUGCCUUGAGUGUUUAUAUCAGGCUAUGCAAACACAGGAAAAAAGUUUUCUAUUGCUUUUAUAAAUUAACUUUCCUGAGAAAAAAAACGCAGAACUCUUUGUAUGGUACUGAUUAAAAGAGAAAUUCUUAACAGUCGCAAAAUGUUGUCCACAAACUCUUGCACAUGUAAUCAGUUCUUGUUUUGCAAAAAGAUGCUUUGCAAAAUACAGAUUUUUCUCGCUUAAAAUGUCAGCUUAAGCGAACAAAAACUGACACACCUUCUUUGUAACGAUUUUCCAAGUUUCAGCUGACGAAGGAAUGGGUAACUAAAGUAAACUUGUUGAGUUUUGAACUCGAAAACUUUUUCAAAUUCGUGCUCGCGUGAUUAGCGCCCGAAAAGCCAAACAACUUGAUGCCACAACCACGUUUACAUACUCUCAUGCAAACACUCCUCUCGGCCAAUCAGAGCGCGCGUACUAUUUAAUUAUUUUAUAAAGCCAUAUAGAGCACCAAACUCUAGCUGCUACAUAAAUGGUGCAUAUUGAGAACAAUGACUUUAGUAAAGAUAAGUUUUACAUGCCCUAACUUUACAUUGGUGCAGAGACCAAUGCAUUUCAAGACUAGGUUUUAGCCUCAUAAAUGAAUGCAGAGCUAGAUCUCAGGUUAACUUAGUAAUUAUAUAUAUUAACCUUGUUGUUACUUAAAUUUGCAGGUCAAAAAAUUUGCAUUUUAUGGGAUUGUAAAAAAAAAUCACAAAAUUCAAGACCACGAAUAAAAAUCCUCAUGAAAUUUAAUGUCCAUAUAGAAAAUUCAUAUUUAUCACAGAUUGAAAAAAAAAAGAUUAGCAUGUCAUAACAACAACUUACAUGACCAUCGACAAAUACCGUAAGUGAUUUUACUGGUAAACUCCAUUUUGUAUCUUCUGUUGAGAAAUAACAAUAAAAAAGCUGAUUUCACAUAAUUAUGCAGUAGAGAAUGUAUCUAUCAUCUUCAUCUGAAUUGCUAGAUUCAUACAAAUUUUUUUUCAAACAAUUCAGACUUUUGGAAACACACGAUGGAAUUUAGAACGCUUGAAUCGUGAAAUUUUAAAGCCCUCUUUUCAUAUUCUUUUUUUUAAAACCCAAAAAAUAAUCACAAAAUCCGGUAUACUGGAAAUUAAGUACUAGUAAAUAUAGAUCAUGAUUAUUAGAGUUAAUUUAAAGUGUUGUAAUAUUAAUAACUAUCCCAGUAUUCUGCUUGUUUAGGAUCCACAAUACUACAAUACCAAGAGUGAAGACCUGUCAAGCCAACUACCACUUACUAUUGACAAGAAGUUUUCUACAGAAAUUGAAAUCAACAAAAAUAGCAGCGUUGUUCACAUUCCUACUGAUGUCUUCAAAGGAGGUGGGCUCGUGUGUUAUGUAAAUGUUCUGGUUCAAUUCAUCACCAUACACAGUGCUCGAACUUAACGGUCGUCCACUCGUCAAAAACGAGUAAAAAAUUCCGAAAACGAGUAGUUUUCUUUCCCACUUGUCCCCUGGGCGAGUAGGGUUACCACUCUCUGAGGUUAUUAUUGUACCAAAAAGUGCUAAAAGCCUUGAAACAAACGUUUCAAAAACGAACAGGCAAAAAGCGCUAGUCAUUAAAGUCUACUAUGGUUGCGUUUAUUUGAUUGCAAUAAUUUUUUCAUGUAUUAACUUUCAGACACAAAUUCACGGCAUACAUUAAAAAAAAAUUGAAAAUGAUAAGAGUGAUUAGUAGUUUUGCUGAUGGACCAGUAAAUUUUCAUUCUACUGGUCCUGCGGAAGACCAGAUCCAAAAGUUAAUUUCGAGCACUGAUACAUUACUUAACAAGGCUGCAAAUAAUUGUUCCUUGAAAAAAGUACAAUAAUUAAAAAUUUGGCCAGGUCGCCAUCUUGGUCCUCUACUGCUUUGGUUUUCCAUAAUUAUUUCUUAAUUGCAAAUCUUCUAAGGCUGCUACCCAAGAAAAAUUUCUGGGCUGUUUGUGGCUCUUAAAAUAAGAAGUUUAAGAAACCGGCAGUCAAAUCCUAUAGGCACAGGCCUGUAGACUUUGGUUUGUGGUCUUCCUGGUCAUAAUGUCUGAUUGCAGGCUGAAUUUUGUUUGUUUUUUUUUUUUUUCAGAAAGGUGUGAUCACUGGCACUUUAUUUAGAGCUCUGUUACUGAAUUUAGGAAAUGUUUUUUAGUUCCGACCUUUUUUUGGCAAACAAAAUUAUUAUUAAUGUAAAGUCCUUACUUUCUAUUAACAGGAGUGAAGAUUCGGAAUACCAUUAAAUGGACAAGUGGACUAGAUCCAUAUUUCAAGGAAAAUGAUAGAGAGGAUCCUACAUUGCUGUGGCAAUAUUUUGGAAGCUCUGAUGGAGUGUACAGGAUAUACCCAGGUAUAAAAGCAAUAAAUUUGUACUAGAACAAAGUCAUAUUGUUAUUUUUUUCGCAGGUAGUCAAUUGUAAUAAACGUCCUAUUCAAUGCCAGAGUAAAGUGGUAAAGGUUGUUGUGUUUAUGUCUUGUUUUUCCUUUAUUUAAGGUUUUAAGUGGCGAUAUCCAAGUGAGACAGAUGUGUUUGAUAAUCGGCGACGUGGGUGGUAAGAAAGCUUAAUUUCUUUCUUUUAAGUAUUAACAUACCAUAACGUGAACAGCUAUAAGUUUUUUUGGUUCUUUUUUCCUUAAUAGUUUCCUAAAUAAUGAAAGUAUAGGCGGUGAUCGUGCUCAUGCCCCUGGCUGGUUGCAUGUUCGGAGCAAACCCUGUGCGUAAUUGGCCCCUUAUUUUAGUUACAGCGCAGCCCUGCAUAAUAAACCUUCAUUCAUCAUUGCUUCUACAUCCACUGAAAUUUAUUUUGACAAUUUCAUUUCAAUGUUUUGUUCCAGUGGUUGAGCAUGAAGUGUUCAUCACUGGUUCUAAUUCUUACAAGUCAUGUAAAAUUUCAGGUAUAUUCAAGGCUCAAGCUCACCCAAAGAUGUAGUUCUCCUGCUGGACUUGUGAGUAAUUUAAACCUGCUCAAAUUUAUGUCCUGAAAUAAGCAGCCACACUAUUUAUUAAGGGUCCUCCCUUGAAUAUGCACCCAUUCCCCUCUUCAGGGGAGCAAGGGUGGCGCAGUGGUGAGAUCGCUUGCCUCCCACCAAUGUGGCCCGGGUUCAACUCCUGGCGCGGUCGAUGCCAUAUGUAGGUUGAGUUUGUUGUUGGUUCUCUCCCUUGCUCCGAGAGGUUUUUCUCCGGGUACUCUGGUUUUCCCCUCUUCUCAAAAACUAACACUUCCAAAUUCCAAUUCGAUCUGCAACGCACGGACACAUUUAAACGAGUUCAUAUGAACUCCUAUGUGCUUCAUGGGUAAACAAGCAAUUUACAAUUUUUUUUAAAUUUUAUUUUUUCUAAACUAGGGAAUGAGAAGAUUUCUUGAACAAGACCCCCAUAAUGGGGGUUCAUUGCUCUAUGCCGACUGUGUGUUUUUAAGCUGGGGCUGUAUAUUAAGUAACUCCCGUUAUGAAUAAAAAUAGGCAAGUUAUAACCUUUUGAAACAAGAAACAGUUGGCAUUAUCUUUAACUGGCAUGACAGGAUAACGUGCGUGACUAAUUUGAUCUAACUGGAAAUUCCAAAAAGUAUUUUAAUUCUACACUUAUAAAACAUGUGUGACAUGAGGGUCAACUUUUGGUUUUUUUCCAGUAAUUUUCUGUUUCUUUAAACUCGCAAAGAAAAGUUGAGUUUCAGUUUUAUUUCUGUUGGAUAUUGCAUUAGUAAAGUCCUUCUAAGUAUCCAAGUCAUUUAUUUGAUUUGCAAGGCAUAUUCCUUUCUUGUAAGAAAAGGAAUUAUAUAUUCGAUAGGACAAUUUUCAAAAAGCGUAUUCCUGCCCUUGUAAGAAAAGGAAUAUAUCAACACUUUACAUUAUAAUCUUUUACACUUGACAUAAAUGCAGGGAAGCAGAAAAGUAAAUUAAGCCAUUAAUCGUUUAUUUUGAUAAUUAAUGUUUGUGCAGCAAGUGACCUCGCCCUCUUGUAGCCCCCCCGCCCCCUUAGCAUGAAAAGAAAGCAGUGUCCCUGGGAAUAACCCUGACCUUAAUGAAUUCUGCUAGCGGCCUAAUGAAUUUUGUUCUCUUAACUUGCUGAACGGGAAAGUGAAGUUUUUUGUGGAAUUCAAAUUGGGGAAGAACUGAAAUCAAUUUUGCUCAUCCAAAAACGUUUGGGGCCUAGUUAAAAUUACUUUUGGGCUAGCACAUGCUACAGCUUGCCUGAAUGGCAAGCUGCAAUAAAAGUGACUAGUUGGUACAUGCAUCUCCUGUUCCCCUUUUCAGAAAAAAGAAAGUUAUUAAGCCCUUCUUUUAAACCCCCCUCCCUGCCAAUUCUGUUUUCUGAUCACAAUGACUGUAAACACUUUGUGCACAUAUUAUCAUGAGAUGAACAAAGUAACUGUCUUAUUUAUCGGUUGUUCUAUAAAUCAUUAUGUAUAUGACGUAAGACGGAGCAUUUUCCCAUUUCCAAAAUAGCAGUGAAAGUCAGACCAUAAAUAUAUCUCCAUCAGCAGUUUGGUACUGGUAUUUUACUUGUUAAGAUUAAAACUAAUAGUCUACUUCUCUCUUGAUCUUGAUAAAACAUAACCGUCAAUAACAACAUCAAAAACAAAAUCCCUGGACUUAAUAGAGGAUUCACCAUAGUAGUUAUUAAUCGUGUGUUUAUAUGUCAUGUAUUUUAAUGGUAUAAUUUUUGAUGCAGUAAUUAACCUUUCAGCUUGUGUAGACAUUUCAUUCUGUUUCUGUUGAUUUGUUGAACAUUAUAGGAGUGGUAGUAUGGCUGGUCAAAAAUUGUCAAUUCUUAAACUUGCUGCAAUGUCUUUACUUGAAACACUCCAAGAAAAUGACUUUGUUAAUAUUGUUGUAAUGGUGAGUAAACUUAAAUGAAAUCAAACAUAUAUGAUACAAAUAAAAAUAUUGACAUGCAUGUAACUAUAAGCUCAGGUAAUUUCUACUGUAAACUUUGAUCUACAUAAUUCUGUCAGAAAAAAGUACUGGUAGGUGUAAAUUCUCUCAACAAAUUAUCAUUCCCAUCUUGAAUAACUGAUUAUAGUAGUUUCGCUAAAAUUUGUUGUAAUAUUACAAAACUGACCUGAUCGAAGACUUUCUGAUGUAACAGUUUUAGCAACAAGAGUUUUACUACAAGUAAUAAUAUUGUAAACUGCUGAUUUUUUCCGCACAUGUUCAGCCUUUCCCUUCAUGAUUGGCAUGAAUGAAUAUAUAAGCAAAUAAAAUAUAAUAAUAAAAGUAUAAAGACAUGUCAAUGGUUUUUUAAUACACCCAAAGAAAUAAAGAAAGUUAAACAUGGAUUUUUCUAAAAUAAGUAAAAGUAACAUGAGUAAACAUUCUUAAGAUUUCCUAGUCUCUUUCACAGCUGUUUUUGUCUUGUCAUGCAAUGCUCCUCCCCAACAAAUGGCUGUUUGUUAGGAAGACAUGUUGCGUGAUGAGACUAAAUGUGGGGGUCCCAGAUAAUGGCAAAAACUGGAAGGCUUCUUCUCACUGCACUUGUGUGAUCUGGCUUUUGUGUGAUGUAAAAAAAGAUCCACUGGGGACAUAAAGUAACAAUAACUGGCAGGCUAAAUACCCCCUUUGGCAUCUUUCUGUCAUAAAGUAUGUGAAUGGGGAUAGAAAGGGGAGGGUGCCCUCCCCUCAGAUUUUUUAUGAGGGGAGGGGGUGGCUGUACGCAGGCUAAUGAUAAAGGUACUCACUAGAGUAUUUUUUCUUUGAAUUCAAGUAUGCAAAUGUAGGUGAUAAAGGUAACAAAGUAAAACCCUACAUGGUAUGCCAAAUCAACAAGAAUGGUAGUAUUCAAGUCAACAGGGUGAGUAGUCAAGUCCCCUAUUUAUUGCUAAGAUCGUCAAGAUCUAGCUUGAGAUCAAGCACUUUAACUGAAACAGGCCAGGGCUGUCAUUUAGAGGCGGGGGCUGGGGAUUUUUUCCUGGCUACUAUGAACGUGCUCCCCCGCUACUUUCAAAGAACAAUAUAAGACAAAUAGAACCAAAAGAAACCGUGACCUAGCUGUUUGAUUCCCCACCUGCUUUUUGUAUUUACCCGACAACUUAAAGACUUUGUGACAACCCUGAAUGGGCCAUGAAUGGACCCAACCAUCCUGGUUUCAAAUGUACCAUGGUGACGAGCAUUGGAGUGUAUAUAUGCCAGGGGAGGGAGGCAAGAAGAAUAUUUUCCUCACCUCUCAAACUUUCCCCCAUCCCCUAAGUUGAAUUGAUACUCAUACAACACCAGGCUAGACUCGGUUCAUUCGAAACCAUUAGGUAGCGACUCAUUAGGCUAUGUGCUCCAUCCUGACAAUCUUAUGGAAAGGACUUUUAAAGCAGGAGACUGCAUGUGAACAGUCAAUCAAGUCUAUAACCUGUCACAAUUUGACGCAGUUGUUUUGUGCUUGCUGAUCAGGAACAAAUUUAAAAAUGAAGCUGGAAACAGUUGACAGGAUACUAAUGAGUAGGGAGACUACAGUAGUGGAUCCAGGGGGAGGGACUAGGGGGUCCGGACCCCCCCCGCCCCUAUCAGACCUGACGUUUGUUCAAAAAUUUUUAUUGUUUUUUGGUGCCCUCCUAUAAUCUGUUCGCCUCUGCUCGCAAAGAAGUAUUUCCCACGCCAAUGGCGACCGGUGUUCGCAGACAGUCCUCUCUGAACCAAGACCCACCAAUCAAAAAUUCCUGGAUCCGCCCCUGGACUAGUAGCCUUUGAUGCAGCCAGUUGCCUCACUCAAACCUGUGACAAGCUUAAUAAGAGCUUUUAAAAUAGGUGGUUAAAAUGACCCCGAUUCUCUGUUACCAUUAGUACCUUGCUUGACUUCCCUAACCUUUUUUGAACUCACAUUUUUGCAAUUCUAGUUUCCUUAAUGAGCAGUUACUGCCUUGUAAGCUAGUCCAGUAAGUUUGUAAUUCGAACGCCUGACAAAAAGGGUGAUGAAAAGGUUGUGGUUGCAUUUGAUGCUUUAUGGAAAGUCCAGUGUUAUUAUAAAUAUGUCGGGUAAUUUCCCCAUGGGCCUAGGAAUGAAGUAGCAAGUUUUUACCUUCCUUGGUAGUUAUUCAUGCAAGAAACAAACACAUUGAAACUUCUUUUGACAUGUGGCUGUACACAUCAUUCUUUGCUUUUUAAUUACGAAAAUGUGCCAAAUAAAGUUUCUUCACACCAUACUGAUAAAAUGAUUUUAAUAUUAAAUAUUUGUUAACACUUAAGAGUAUUUAAUGGAUUAUUUUGUUCACUGUUUUAGGAUAAGUUAAAAGAUUGUUCAGACCACCUUUUACAAGCUACUCAACAAAACAAAAAGGUGUGUCAGUUUUGUUGUUUAAGAAAAAAAUAGAGCGAUUUUGACUGAAGCUACAGUGUUAUUGGCAUUUUUAAUAUAAUUUAUUUUAUAGCAUUGGUUAAUUGUUAUCAUUGCUCCAUAUAAAAUGGAUGUCGGCCCAUUAUUGAAUUAAUAAUGAUGAGUAAUACUGCAGUCUUUAAAAAAGAAAUCAUUUCAUCAAGAAUUUAAAAAACUAACACUUUGAAUGCUGAGAACUAAAUGACAGUUUUUCUUUAUCUGCAUUCAUGCUAGCAAAAAUCCAUGAAGCAAAUUUAAUCUUUUCGCAUUUUCUACCAGUUUUUAAAGCAUUUUGUUCCAAAUGCCAAAGCUCGUGGGAUUGCAGCAAUCAGCAGUGGAUUUGCAAACGCCACAAGUAUACUGAAGGUACUCUAAAAUUUAUUGAAUAUGAUUAAUGUUUGUGAAAACAAUAUCACUGUCUGAACAUUGUGAAUGAACCGGGAGUGCUGUAAUGUUAAAUAAAUCUUUUACUUUAGCUAGUCUAUUUUUCAUCUUACUCAGUUUAAAGGGGUUUAAAGGAUAUUACAGUAAAUACUGUUUUAGCUCAAUUCUGAGGUGAAGUCAUCAUACAGUAAAACGCCGUGAUGAAGAACCUAUCUAAGGAUUUAAGAACCUGCUGGCAGAAAUUUGUCAUAUUAAUACUCCAAAAUAUAAGAACCAGUUUAGCCAAGAAAAAUCAACAGGUUCUUAUAUUUGGGGUUAGACUACAUUUUCAUGAACAUUUUGACCAAAAGUCUGGCUUUAAUAUGGGAAAUUUAUAUUACAUUACAUAAUAAAUGUAUAAUGUUACCAUUGUUGAAAACUGCAUAUCUUCUAGCUGUUAACCUAGUUUUGUUGGAUUUUUGGUCAAUAAAUGCCUAUUAUGAAGGACAAAUACCAUUUAUAGCAAUUUCUUGAAAUCAACAAUAGUAUCCUUCUUCAUAAAAGUUAAGAACCUAAUUAAGAGCCUAUUUAGCCUAAACUUCCAAUAAGUACUCCAAACUAUAAGAAUCUAUUUUGCCAAACUUCAAAAAAUCUAGCUUCUUCUUCGCGGCGUUUUACUGUACUUUGAUUUAGCAACAGAACGGGAACGUCAUUUGACGACGGGAAAGCGCACGAAAAGGACUAAACUCGACUUCCGGUUCCCAAUUUCUCGCUCUGCCAUUGGUCAAGCCAGUUGUUUGAUUUGCGCGCGCUGUCGUCAAAUGACGUUCCCGUUCUGUGCCUUUACCCAUACUCAAACAAUUUCAAUUGGGAGUAGUAACCAUAAGAAUAUUUUUGGAGAUUUUUGAAAGACAUAGCAUUUAAACCUCCAUUUUUUUCAAGUUUCAAUCCACGUCCAUCCUUGCCAUCCUUUCCAACGGACGACAGGAAACAGUUUCAAUACCCAAAUAUAGUGCUGUGUUGAAAAACAAAACUGGACCAUUGUUUUUGGGAUGGCAUUUGAUGGGGAAAAAGUUGUAGUUUUUUAAAAACAUAGCAAAUCACAUGACAUACGCCCUUUUACUUUCUGAAUUGACCAGAGAUUUUGUUGGUAACCGGUCAAGUCACCCGAAAGUCAUCUCGCCCGAAAUUUUUAGUCAAGUCGCCCGAAAUUCUAAUAAAGUGAGUAUGUAAUAUACCUCGUUCUUUUAGCCUUGAUGAAACGAAACCCGCACGUCAAAUGAGUAAUAUAUCUUGUUCUUAAAGAUUUUAUGACACGUAAUAAGCGCGAUGAAGGUGUUAGGAUGUUGCUAAGCAUGAUAAAAUUUUCGGGCGACUUGACUAAAAAUUUUGGGCGACAUAACUCUGGUUUCGGGCGACAUAUGUAUCUUCGGGCGAGAUGACUUUCGACCGUAAAUCAUUCUUUAUAAGUAGGUGGAAUAUGAUUGUCCAAUGAGUGUAGUCCUGAAAAGGAUUGCUGCUAAUGAAUAUCAAGGACAAGGGAAGGAAAGGCUUUGACAACAAUUAAUACACCAUUUUUUGAGAUAAUUCUUUCAGUAUCAUGUUAUCUGGCCUCUGGUUACUCUUAUAAGGUAACGUUUGGUUUUUAAUCAUUCUGUAGACAUCCCGGGCAGAAAAGAAGUACACAUCCUCGAAUUGCACACAAGCAAUCAUUCUUUUCACAGAUGGGAUUGAGGAUAACGAGGCCACAAAAACGAAAGAUACAUUAAAGGAACUAAAUGGGGACAAAAAGGUAUGUGCUUUAUGUGCAUUUAUUGGUUUAAUAGCGCUUUCUUUUAGCAAUCAUUUUUAAGGUUGUGCCGCUUGUGACGUCAUCAGUCUGCAGUGCAGGCGUAUUUUUGGGGCAUGCAAAAGCUGCUUGGUCAUAUUCGUAUUACCGUGGCGGUUAUCUUUGAAUUUAUAGAGGUGGCAACCCUUAGGGGCAAGAGAAGGUGGUUGUGGGAGGGGAGGGAGAAGAAAAUACACCUGUUCGAGUGCCAGAGUUCAUUGUUUUGUUGGGAAACUUCAUAUGUCAGCAAAUGGAGUCUCUGACUAGUGCAGUAUAGCCGGCGCUGACAGAUUGAUGCCUUCCAGUCAGUUGUAAGUUAAUAGACUUCUUCUGUGUGCCACGAAAUGACAGACAGCGGCGUAGCUUUCCAUUUUGCUUUAAACGAAGUGUAAAAUAUGGACUGAGGAAACAAGCAAAAAUAUAUUCAGUUCUAAACUGGCAUCUGGAAAAUAUCCUGAAAGUUCUCCUAAACAGGCUUUGGAAAGUACUUGAUUUACCUACUUAUUCGUGUAGGGGAACUAUUCUGACAUGAAAACCUAGAAGUAUAGUCGUCGUUCCUGCGCUAAAAAGUGACCCGGUCAAAAUAACAUUUCAGAUAUUCGAGAUCAGAUGUGAAAACCCUUGUUUGUCAGGCCAAAAUUAAGCCACGCCAGAAAAGUGCCGUCCCUGCAUCCUUCCAAAGAACUUAUUGAUCCUUGCGGUUUUCGCGGAAACGUUUCUCAAGAAAGUCGAGGGGCAGUGUCACUUCCAAACCCAAAGACUUAAUUGCCCUCUAUGCGUGCUUGAGCAUCGAAAACCAGCUUAGUAAACAACAUCAUAAAAGCGGUCCUGGAGCCCGUUUCUCGAACGCCCCGAUAACUUUUCGGGCCCGAAAACCUGUUUUAUGUUUGUCGUGUUUGCAUUCAAGAUCAAAGUUUCAAUAAUUUCAUUGAAAAUGAUAAAAUGAAACUAUCAGUUAUUUGGGAUGAUUUCAGUGUGAAUAAGCGGUAUGGUGUGUUUGGUUUGCAGUUGUAAAAUUUUAUUUGAUUUUUUCUGCAGAUUCGUGUGUUUACUUACCUAGUUGGAAGCGAAAAAAGUGCCAGCGACUCGUCUCUAAAACAAAUCACAUCAAAGUACAGAGGUAUUGCACUACCAUAUUACACUUUAUAACCAAGUCUAAAUAUUGAUAACAAUGGCUUCGUUCGAGAUCAGAUUAUUUUUAUAUAAGUUUUUUAUAUGAGUUCGGUCAAUUUAAACAGUACACUUUACCUUCAAUGACCUUCAAUGAAUUUAUUUUCCAUUAGAGAUGGCUAUUGUUCUUUCGGUGUUACUAAUAAACAGUAUAUUAUUAAAUGCUAGUUAUUAAAAUCAAGUGGCUGAUUUCUGUUUAGGUUGCUUCUUCAGGAUCAAAACUUUAUCUGAUGUCAGAGAAAAGGUUCUUGUAAGUAUCCCACAGAUAAACCGGUCACCCUUAGGCGGGGCACUGGGGUAUGCCAGCGCUAUAGUAAGUAUAACUUGCUUUUCAAUACACUCAACACUUGUCUUGCGAAGAGUAGCUGUGGAUCUACGCCGGCACAAAUUGCAGAUGUUUGAGUGAAAGAAGCUUCCAUUAUUGAAGACUCUUGCUUUUAGGGACCUGUACUAACACAUUUUUCGGUUCCAUUAGCUCAAUUGUUUUGGUUCAGCUGUUUAUACAUACAGUUGACUCCCGAUAACUGUAAUUUUACCCUCGGUAACUCGAACCCUCGCUAACUCGAACCUCGCGCUAACUCGAACCAAAAUCGCUUUCCCCUGGAUUUCCUUCAUACUUUUUCUCUAAUUUUACCCUCGCGGGUAACUUGAACCCUUGACAACUUGAACCUCCUCCUGACUCGAAUUAGUUUUUGUUUCCGCUCAAAUCAUUUCUAUAUAAUUUUACCCUCGAUAACUCAAACCAUGUUUUAAGCGCUUCAAAAGUCGGAAAAGAAAAAAACAGCGUACUGGCGUCCGAAACAUUACAUUUUGAAUUUCCCAUUGACGUGUUGUAGGCAUCUAGUUUGUUAGUGGAGGUUGAUGUUGAUUGUUACAAAUCUAACUUGAAACAGCUUUACUUCUCAAAUCAGUAUAACGCAUGCAAUUUACUAGGCUAUGUUUUCGUUACGUUAUGUUCUGAUUUAUAACGUAAAAGAAUCGCUCCUUUUUCUCUCGACAUUUCUACAAUUAAAUGUGAUUAAAAUGCUCACUGUACAGUAAGAACCAGGCACCCAAGUUAGUCGGGAGGCUAAAAUGUUUUUGUUACAGGAACAUUUACGUUCUGAUUAUAACGUAAGAAGAAUAAUAACCUUAUUUUCUUAUCCGACAUUUCUGCAAUUAAAUGACUUGAAAUUAAAACAACUCAUUGUUAUCUAAUUUAGAUUAAACCAUCAUUUAAAAAGGUGUGUUUUCAGUUUAGAUUUAAAAAUAUUUAAACUGGGCGAAGACUUGACUUCUUCCGGCUUAGUGCCCCGUUCCCGAGGAUGAGUAAAAAUUGGUUUUUCCUUACUUCCGGCUAUUUCCUUCGAGCUCCCGAUAGCUCGAACCUUCAAGGGAAAUCGAAAAAGUUGUUUUCGAUUUUGGAUAAAGGUCGAUCUUGAAUAGUUAGACAGCAGGAUUUCUUUGAACUGGAUUUUAUAUCAUUGGAUAACUUUCUAGUUAUAGUUUAACCUUUUUUGUUGAACAGUUCAAAUCCACUGCCACUAAAAAACUUUCUAGACGUUUUUUUUAAAUUGAUUUUUAUCAUUAUCUCUUUUCGGAGUUAGUUAAACGCUGGUUUUUUUUCGGGUUAACGCAGGCGAAUUUUUGAAUUAACUACUUGAACUACUUUUUGUCUACAGGAGUAGGAAUCUAAUGUUAUAUUGGUAGGGGUUUCAGAUCCCUACUCUGUAAGGGCGGUGUCUCGUCCGCUGUUUGACUCUAAAUUUCUCUCCAUUGUAAAGAUUGAAUUAUGCCUUUUUCUCGUCACAAUAUGGCUCAAUUUUUACAUUACGGAUGUGUUUAAAAAUCCUGUUAGAAUUUUUCUCAGAACUCUGAUAAUGUUGCAAGAUUGGCCACUCUGAUUAGAAAACUGCUGUUUGGGUCUUUGAGCCCUCAAGAACCUCACUUUGGGAAGUUAUAUAGAUGAGUUUUUGAAAAAGGAUCCUGUAUCAUAAGUCCCCGUUGCUCAUCCAUUUUGUCAUUCUAAAACUAUAUCCAAAGUAGCCAUUAUUCCCGGCGCUUUUUUCGUCUAUCCCUUCUCCUUUGGCCUCGUUGUGUUCAAAUGGCGUAAGUUUCACAAUGUACCUGUACGAAAAUUUGUACAGAUAGUAUACUAACAGCUAUAUUUUUCUGCCGUGUUAUAAGGAAUAUGUGAAGGUUCUGAGUCGCCCGUUGGGAUUUAGCUUGGGGGACAACACUCCGGAUUCGUCUUGGACUCCUAUUUAUCUUGACAAAUUGGUGAGAUACUUUUGUUUAAGUUGUUCAAAAUUUUGUGGAUAAUCGGCGACAAGUUUAAACCUGGCACUUAAAAACUGGCAGUUGUACGAACGCCUUGAUUAAAUUACAGUAUAAUUACUUAAAGGCAGUUGAUGAUGUUAAUUGUAACUAUGUUAGGCUUUUUGCAAUGGAUUUUUCGAAAGCCUUUGAUAAUGUGAAACACUCGUUAGUUGGGGAAAAGCUAAAGGCUCUUCAUCUAAAUACAUAUGUUGUUAAGUGGUAUCUAACCUUUCUAAUGGAUAAGGAAACAAAGGCCAAUAUUUUAAGGUGUUACCUAUAAAUGGCGUUCUGUGAACCAAGGAACAACCCAGGGUAGUGCACGUGGGCCCCAUCAUUUUAAUUCAGUGUUUAUUAACGAUUUGGCCAUUAGGGAUAAUGAACUUACCAGCAUAGUUAAAUAUGUUGACGACACCACCCUGCUAGUCGAAGUAUUUAAUAACAAAAUAGAUCUUUGUCAAGAGGUUGUCAAUCAGUUUUUCAGCUGGACUCAAGACAAUGCCAUGGCGUGUAAUCCCAAAAAAUGCAAUGAACUGAUACUUUGUAAGAAGGUUGCUUAUGAUAUAGACCCUGUGAACAAUAUAACGCAAGUUUCUUGUUUAAAAGUGUUAGGAGUUACUUUACACAGUAAUCACAGAGUUAAUGAGCAUAUUAACGUUAUGCUGCAGGAGGCCAAUAAGUGUCUUAAGGUGAUAAGAUGUUUACGUAAAGAGGGAUACCAACAACCAGACAUAGAUCACGUUUUUAGAUCAAUUGUUUUACCGAAACUAACGUAGGUCCUCCUAUAUACGCCUCCUCAAUACCUGAAUUAACAACGGUCCAGAAUUUUCUACAGCGCUGCUUUAAACGCAAAUAUAUUUCGUAACAAAUUGACAUAUACGAUGUAUUAGAAGAGGUAGAUCGCUCACUAUUGAAGAAGAUCUCCAGUAUGCCCGGUCACCCUAUGUACCCUUCCGUCCCCAAAACGAAAGAAAGUUCAGUGCGCCUCCGAGUUCCUAGCAGUCAAUUCCCUAGGGUUAAUACCCAGCGUUUUUAAAAUAGUUUUUUUAAUAGGCUAUUUUUCAAAUAUAUAGUAGCUAUUUAAUGUAACAUGGAUCUUUAAUGUUAAAUUCAGUGUUUUUACAUGGAUUUUUUUAAGCCUUGUAAUUCUUUCUGCUGUUUCUAAUGUAAGUGUUCUUGGUUUUUAGCAUGUAUUUGUGCUUAAAACACAAUUAAGACAAUUAUUAUUAUGUUAUUAUUCCCCAGAUGAACUGCACCUACAACAAUUCUGUCAUUACGGAAGUUUGUUAGGGGCACAUUCUGCUGUAGUUACAAACUAAGAUUAUAAUCCGUCUUAAACAGACGAAACUUUGUUGCACAAUGUCUUUCUCUAGUAAGGUUGAUAAAUGACCGGCUGGUGUCAGCAUUGUUGAUACCGGACAAACACCAUGGAAGAUUAGCAUUGUCAGACAAAGCAUUUUAACUUUAGCUUAAUUUCUUCAAAAAAAAAAACGAGUAAGGUAUAACCGUGUAAAUUGUUUCUUUUUUUAAACAGGGACUUGGUUUGAUGAUCACACUUGUAGCUCCAGUGUUUAACAAGACUGUAAGUACAUGCACUGAAUUCAACUUCCACUGUAGACCAUUGAUGCUAAUUUUUGUCUGAUGACAGUCGUAAACACUUUGGCAUGGUCCUAGUCACGGGGGAGAUGAACAGUAGGUUGGUUGAAAAUUUAACCUAAAAUCAAUGAUUCAUUGAUUUUUCUCACCGUCCGUUUCUGUUCACCAAAAGGCCGUCUUGCUUAAAAACAUAACUAUCCGAAUUCUUACUCAACUGUUGUGUUGCUUAAACGAGCUAUGUCAUGACUGGUCUCUCGUUAAAACUUUAAAAACGCGUUGGAAUCAGAGAAUACCCUAAAACAAUGGUUCAGUUUUAUUUAAAGUAACUCUACUUAUUGUUGGUUUUCACAUGACGUCACUAAAAUUCAAACUACAAGACUAUCAAUCCUACUGAGAUUUUACUUUCAUAAUGUAUUAGAGCAGCUGAAAACUAAUUUUCAUACAAAUUUUCGCUUCAAAAGGUUUCUUGGUUUUGUGAUAGAGUACGUUUGAAUUUCUAAGCUUUUGUGUGACGUGGCAUUUACAUGACGGCCGGGAGAGUUGUCUUUCCAAAAAGUAACCUCUUUCGGGGAAUUUUGCGAUCUAAACAGUUCAUGAAUUAGAGAAAGUAUUAAUUUAAUGUUUAUGAGUUCCUCGUGGAAUAAAUUCAGGCUUCUGUACCAAAACUCGGUAAUAGAUGUUUUUGUUGGUUUCCGUCCGCCUUGUGGGUGCCCAUCCAGGUGGGCACCAGCAUGGCGUCUCCAUACAAAUCUCUUUAAAUUUGGGUAAAACAUUUCUUUGGAUAUCUCGUAUGCGAAAUAUUCUUCCGCUGACCUGAAUCUUGGCGAGAAACUUGGUAUAUUUACCUCCUUUCAUUUCCCAGAUUCCGGCCGGACUUUAUCUAUUGAAUGGUUUUGAUUUUUUUCAUCUAUUUUGAAUGGCGUGACACUUAAAACUAGCAAUAUAAGCACGGUGUCGUAAGUACAAUCAGAACGCUGUUUUUACUGGGAGAUGCAACGUUCUGCGCUUCUAGUGAGAGUUCUGCUUCAAAAAAUACAUAACUAUCGAGCAAAUACAGAGUUUAAUUUGUAAAGUAUACAUAUCUUAAUUCAGUGUCGCAGUUAAUUUUACGAGUUUCAAGUAGUUGAUUUUGUAAAUGUUAUUAAUUUAUGUUUAAGCUUUAUUUCACUUAUUUGUAUAUAUAUAUCUAUCCAUUUAUCUAUUUGUUACUGACUGCUGUACCUAUUAUCUCCGCCCGCCUCGACUAGCACCUGCUAUUUGAGGGCGGAAAUGGACUUUAUGUAAAUGUGGCUUGUUAAUUAUAAUAAUAAAGUGUGUAUAAAGUGUGUUGUGAUUACGACCCUGAUCCUGACGCCUGUUCAAACGACUGUGCAUCGUGAUUGUAUCUCCUUCAUAUAAUAACUGUUAGUGCAAUAAUCCUUACAUAAUCCAGUCAUUAUGACAAACUUGCAUUAUAAACCUAACUUUGUACUUGUAGAGGCUACUAUUUACAUGUAACUUUGCUUAUGUCAGGAACAGAAGGAGCUUCUUGGUGUAGUUGGAACUGAUGUGGCUUUGCCUCAGUUAGAAGACACUGUUCCAGGAAGUGAGGUAUUUUGUAAAACGACUUUGUUUUCCCGUGCUUGCAGAUGUCUGCGGUUUUGAUACAUACAGGUAUCUGGUCUGUGAAUAAAGGGUCGUUGAACUUGCUUCAUCGUUGCAGGUUGGUGCAAAUGGAUAUGGGUUUGCCAUCAACAACAAUGGCUUUGUUUUGUUCCACCCAGCCCUUAACAGAAAGGUAAAGAUAAAAAUAUAUAUAUAUUUUAAAAACUCAUGUUUUGCAGUUGUUGCAGGAAAGGUCAGGACGCACUAGUCUGCAAAAUGUCCCAGUAGUGCACAGCUUUUGCACAGGCGACUGUAUUCGUCGGCUGACAUGUCGCAUCGACUAUAGACCUUUUUACCGAUACGGCGGCCAUAUUGAAUUUAUAAGGUUUUAAGGAGUAUUAUGGGAUGCCCAGGGGGUAUGAGCACCAUCCGAUAUACUCCCCUUCAGUAUUUACGCGUGCUUUUCGGGCCAAUUUUUCUUUAAGUUUUCCUAGAAAAAGAUUGUAAUGGGAAAAAAAGAUCGUUGUGCCGUGUUUGGAUGUAAUAAUAAUCGCCUUUUUCCCGAGAAAUAUACAGUGAAGUUCUCUGUUUGCCCGAAAGGUGCGCGUAAAUACUGAGUGAGUGCCCCCUGGGCAUCUCGUAAUGCUCCUUAAAUCUAUUAAAUUCAAUAUGGCCGCCGUAUUGGUAAAAAGGUCUAUUCACUUUGUGCGACCAGUCCCCGCGUGUGAUCUCUCUCCCCGUGAGCUGUCCUUUUGCAAGACUAGACCCUGCGUGUGACCUGUACCACAUUGUACCCCAGCGACUCGUAGUCUAGUGGUGCCAAUAAGGAAGAGCGGGGUCUUCUUUUCAGUUAGCUUUAUUCUGCAUCCCACAGUUACUGUGCCAAGGUGUAUAUAGAGGAUAUUACACGGUGGCGAGAAGAUAUGAAUUUUAUGUUCGAGUGGCAAGAACAAUAUCUCACUCGUUCGCUUCGCUCACUCGUGAGAUAUUGUUCUUGCCACUCGAACAUAAAAUUCAUAUCUUCGAGCCAACGUGUAAUGUUCUUUUUAUUAUAUGGAGAAACCAUUUCAACAAGAGCAAAAGGCGGGAAUCGAGACGUCAUUGAACGAUACGACACUCGCAAAGGUGACAUACGGAAAAUACGCCACUCGGGUCCCGGAUGAAAUGGCGUAUGGAAUCUACGAGUGGUUUAGUUCCCAGUAAAACACUCUCCUCCAUAUAAUAAAAUAAACUAUGUAACCUUCUUGUAAGCAACAAAAAUUUCCUUAUUUGAGUUAAACGUCUGAUCUACGAAAUGAAUUUUUUGUAACUCUAUGAAGUAGUAUCACUUAUUGACUGGUUCCUCGGGCAGACACUGGACUUUUUUGACGUAAAUUACGACGAGGAGUUUCUUAUCUUCACUCAUUGCCUUUCGGACCAAUGAGCAACUGUUUAGUUGGUACAGCAAGAAGAAAUUGUGUUAUUUGUCCUGUCGUACUUUAUUUGUUUCUGUGAGGUUUAACUUGUAAAAAUGCACACUCUGUUUUAUUUUUACCUUUUGCCCUCUGCAUGCACAUUUUCAAGUUUUAACUGGACUAGUGUAAUUUAUGCACCUCACUGCUAAUCUUUUAUUUAUUUAUUUAUUUUUCUUUUUUGUUACGUUUUGUUUAAGUGGUUAAAGAAAUAUUGUGAGCCAGCUAAUGGAUCGAAGUUGGCUGAUAAGUUUGUUGUAAGUUUGUCACUUGCUGCAUGUUGACUCAACCUCAGCUUAGCUGAUGGCAUACUUUAAACGUUCGUUUAACUGUAACCAAUUUCGUUGAAAGAUUUUAAUUUGGCAAUUAAGGCGGUGUGUGCAAGAAGGCCUUGAAUGGCUUAAGACAAUUUUCAGAAAGCGACAUGUACUGAUUCGAUUGGUUUGAAUUCUAUUUCGUACCCCAAAAUUCAUAAUCUGGCUCGCAAAUGCACAAAAAGACAUCGUAUCGAUUCAAAAGGGUUUAUUUAUACUUACAAACAAAUAUAGCAGGAAACGAAGUGAUAGUCAAGAAUCCUAGGGUUCUUGAUAAGAAACCAAUCCAAGGAUGCAUGGAAAAACCUCUGCACUCAAUGUUACGUUGUUUAUAAUUUUGCUUGGGGCCUCGAUCCACGAUUCGUGAGAUUAAAAGCAUACAUAUAUGCAGUAUGUCUCAAUGAAAUUAGCCUGUUCCAGGCUCCGAGAUGGUGGUGGAAAGUCGUUCAGUAAUGAAAAAAGCGAAAAACGCGCGGGGGCUGGGGAGAGACAUUUUUCCCGCCGCCACCGCCCCCUUUCCCAAGUCGUGCGCGUCUUAUUUUCGCUUUGCUCGUUUUAAUACGUUCCCACUAUACUAUCUGAGAGCCUGGCACAGGCUACAAUGAAAUGGACCCUUACUCAACAUGGACUGCAUGGUUAAAAUCAAUUUUACUUGAUAGUUUUGAGAAAUAGUCGAAGAAGAACCUUUUUCUAUUAUUUUAAUUUGGAAAAUCUUUAACCCUCGCACAUCAUCAUGAUGAUGUUUUUUUGAAGAGAGGGAUCUUUCUUUAAUCCCGAACUCAAAGAUACCGAAUGUUGAGGUAACCAAUACUUCCUAGAGGAGUAGGGGAGUUAAAACAUGCGGACCCGCGGCACUGAGUUACAAUUAACUUGCAGGGAUGCGAUAUAUUAAGGCUUUGUAUGUUAAUUUUAAAGAUCUUGGGGCUUUAAUAGUCUAACGCACAUGCGUAGAAGUAGCUUUCCUGCUGCCAGGUAGAUCAGUUUGACAACAUGUAACAAUGUUUGAACAUUAUGUUGCACUCACUACUUUAGAAAUCUGACACUCGGCGAUCUCCUGCACUCACACUAACUUCCUUAAACCUUACAGACCUUCAUUAGACCUUCGUUACCAUCAUUACAACUUCGUUACCUUCCUUAAAACGCCACAUGCUUACCGACUCUAUUCCUGUGGCUUUCAACAGGUCAUAUGCGGCAGGCAUAAACAUGUUAGUAUUAAACUAACCUAAUAAUGGCAUUUGAUUAUGAUUAGUAGAUACCUGCAAUUAUAACGUAAAGUAAACUCGCAAUACUUUUCCUGAGAAGAGUCGUAAAAGGGUUGUAAUAAGUGUUUUUUUAUGUUAAUGUCAAAGCAUAAAUCAUUCUUCUUACCGCACAGCAAAGCCACGUUACACUGAAAAGUCUAAAAUGGCUCGUGACGAUUUUUCCGAUGUUUUAAAGAGCCUUAAUACUGUGAUAAAGAUAUUGUGUUAGAUCCUCCCGCCCUUGCUACUCUGAGGAAAUAAAAAACGAUUGUCUUAGCCUCAAAGCAGAAUUGAAACAAUAUAUGGUUUCGUGUUGUGCCUGCUUAGUGGUUCACAAUACAGGUUAAUGGAAUACUCUUUAGGAUUCGGUUCUUGCUAUUAAUACCAUACUGGACAAGAAUUUGAAAACGUUUAUAUUGUUCGACAACUCCAUAAGCUAUUACUUGCUCAAAGCCUUGUUAAUUGACAAUCAGGUUUCAUGGUUUCAUUUAUAUUUCCUCUCUGGAUGCUAUGAAAUAAUCCCAUUUUUUGUCUCGCUUUUCCUGAUUCAUUCCGAUACAAAAUGCUGCGCAUUCCUUUCCUUUGGUGCUGUAUAAGGUGCUUUUUGGUUUAAUCAGAAUGAAAUUUCUUGGUGUAACCAUUCGAAGAGUAGUCUCCCUCGCAGCUGUUUUUUGGAUGUCACGCAACGCUUCCCCAAAAGAGAGGGGAAGCGUUGUGUGACAUCCGCAAAACGGCUGCGAGGGAGACUAUUAGAAGAGCUACUGUGCAGUGAAUGCUUUUGAGAAUUACCAGGAGAGCAUGCAGCAUAGUGUUACUUACGAAAAUGCUAUACGAUGACAGGAUAAAAUGGCUAAAUAAAUAGUGACGUUUAUUUUGUACUUGUAUUUAUUACUUUAGAAAGAUCCCCCAAAUAUUGCUUUGGAUGAGGUGGAAUUCAAUGCCUCGAGUGCAAAACAGGUAUGCUAAAAUGUAAAAUUUCCUUUUUAAAUGGAAGUGUUAGUAUGUGUAAUCAAAUGGCGACGAGUGAAAUUAGGGAAUAAUUUCACGCACGUUUUGUCCAAAUCCUAAUAAUUUCCCGAGCCUUCAGGCUCGGGAAAUUAUUAUGAUUUGGACAAAACGCAAGUGAAAUUAUUCCCUAAUUUCAGGAGUGUACCAUUUGAUUCCCUUUUAAUAUCAUGGGUGACGAAUUACUUUAGCAAUCUUGGAUUUUGACGUGUUUAUCCUGGAUCGUAUCGAUCGAGAACUCCACUCUCUCAAAUGUUUAGACCUUAAAUUUGGCUUAUAAAGUUCAGAAUUUUUCAGACUUUUUUGGCAAAAUACCUGUUAGAAUCCUUCUUGAUGUUCUCUUGUGUGUUCGGGUUUUCUAAAGCGUCUUUUUGUGCCCUGACAUCUUCAUUCACGGCAUUUUAAAACUUCGUCGCCAUCUUGACACUGAGACGUACGGAAGGGUUGCCAUGGCAAUUUUGUAAUUUCACAUGUGAAAUUACAAAUUAACGCUGAAAUUUCGCGCCAGAGUUAACGAGUAAUUCGUCACCUAUGAUAUUAUCGUUGUAAAAGGCAGUCUUCCAAUGUUUCUGCCUAAAUUAACGACUGACCUUUUUAGUACUAACGGGUUUACAACCCCACUGAGUUUCCAAAUCCUGUACCAAAAUAGGCCAUUUCCGAGUUUCCCCGGGCCUCUGUUUCAAAACGAGGGUAGGUGGUCAGCUGUUGAUAUGGAAAUCAUUUUUCGUUCUCAUGCAAAUAAAACUCAUUUUCACAAGAAAGAUUGUGCACCUGGUCUCAUUUUGAAAGUUAGGGUUUUUGGAACUCGGAAGUGGCCUAUUGAUUUUCCGUUUUCAAAAAAAUUCUCGUUUACACGUCUCGUUUUCAUUGUUUUCGCCUGUCCACAUGUAUUCGUUCUCGAACAGGAAUGGAUAUUCGCCUCAAAUUAUUCUCAAAGAUCUUUCUCUGUUCCUUGAACUCAAUUGUUUGAUCAGAAAGUUUGUUUUAACAAGCAAUUCUUUCGCUUCCUGGUUUAAUAUCUCAGAACCUCCGAGGCCUGUUAAGUCGUUUUACGUUUGGAUUUUCGGAUUUGGUAAAAGUAGCCGUUCUUAUUUUGUCUUAAUAUGAAAAAGGCCGGAACAUUUUACCUGAAUAAUAAAAAAAUUGAAUCGAGAUAUGCUCUAAAUAUUAAAAAAAGGUAGGCUUCUUCACAGCCGUUCUUUGGGCCACAACGCUUAUUCCCGCAAAUGGGAGGAGCGUUGCGUGGAGGCUAUAAAGAAGGUAACGCGGAUGUCAUCGUUUAAUAAUAAUUACCUUUUGCCCGUCCACACGAGUACAGGAAAAUGGCGUUUUCAAAAAUUUCCAUCUCUCUGAGAGCCUUUUCAAAAGUUUUGUUUUCGGUAAUCGUUUUUUGUUGUUUAUACCGCCGCCUGGUUAGCUCCGGACUGAAGGUUCAAAUACGGCCCCAAAACUUUUAACUGAGGAGAAAGUGCUGCCUUUUUGGGGAUUUAUGGAUAAACCGUGGGCCAUUGUGUAGGGGACAAGAAAAAUGAAUCUAGACUGGAUCGACUUUUUUAACAAUUCCUUCAUUAAGGAAAAUGUCGAACAUGAUCAGUUUUCACAAUUAGUGACAGAGGUCUCUCUAAGAAUGAUUGAUAUCUCGAGACUCAAUUGUCCCGCAGAAUUCUAAAAAAUAGCAUAUUUUUUCAAGAACACGGCUUGUGACGAUGUACUGAAUAUGUACACAGUUUAUGAUAUAUUAUGCUCUUUAUUUAGUUUGUUCCACUGAUUAAUUUCAUGAAUGAAUUUUAACUGUUGUGUUUCAGCUUAUGCGUCAGAUGAUUGACAGACUAACUGGCGAGAUGUCAUUUCCAAACCGUUUAAUUUCUGAAGACAAGGUUAGCUAUUGAUUUCUUAGGUGUCUACCUGCUGACACCAGGCAGGAGCCAUAACCUACAGGAGAGAGUAACUCCCAUACUAGGCUUAUGUCACGGCGUUUUCACGGACCGGUUUAUUUUUAGAUACAUGUUAGAGAACUUUUUCCUGCGAACAUGGAAGUUCCGCUCAGAGGCUUGUUUGUGUCGCAGGAAGGCUGGAGAGAAGGAAAAAUAAGCGCGCGGAGCGCGAUGGGAAGGAGUAAGAGAGGCUCCAGCCUUUUUCCUUUUUCCCAUCAUGCAUCGCGGUAAUUUUUCAAUUAUUGCUGUUUUAUUGAAAUACACCUAAUUGCAAGGUUAUCAUUAGAUCCCAUCAACCGUAGCCCCUUAGGGCACUUCAUGAAUUUUACGCAACGUAGCUUUAGAGUUAAGCACUUCCUUUACUGACUUGGGUUAAACACUGUUUCGAAACUGGUUAGGUCCUUGUUUUUGGUUUGUGGUUGAUGCUAUAUGCACUUAAAUUAUUUCACCUACAUCCAGCAAAUCCUCAGUGGUCUAGUGGUUAGUGUAGGUCAGUAUACUGGACCAUCUGGGUCGUGAGUUCGAAUCCUACUGUCUUUCAUAUCAAAUUUUCUUUUUCUUCAAAUUGAAGAGACUUACACUUUCAUGAACAUUUCCAGCAGAAAACAGUUCUACCUUGUGUAAAUUUCAUGAGGGGAGAAAGGGGCUACGGCUGAUGGGAUCUAAUGCUGACCUAAUUGAAAUAACGUUGUCCUAGAAAACUAAAAAAAGGAAAAAGCCAAAUGCGAAUUAAUUAGGCUAAUUAAGCCACAUUCUCAGGGUGGAUCUUUUUGCAGCCGUUGCAUUUCCCUGCUGGAAUUUUUUUUCGUUGAUUUUCAGCUUUAAACAAUAGCAAUUCCCAACAGGCUAAUGUCGGCGACGUCCAUUUGCGGAUGCUGCAAAUGCGGUGAAUUCACAAGCCUUAUUAGACUAAUUAAUGCCUAUUUGGCUUUCCGUCCGUCGUCCGUCAAUCCGCACGAUAUUGAUCCGCUGUCUGUCAGCCUCAUGCUGGCAGCAGAACAACCUUGUUCCCAGGUUCUCUCCCCAGGGAACGAGGUUGGUAGCAGAAUCGUGCUAAAAUAAUCGAGUUAGCCAUGAAUACAAAAUUAAUCAUCGUGGAGCCUGGAUAUACCCUAAACCUUUUGUUACCUUAUGCUGAUAUUCAGCUACUAGCGAAUGAUCUACCAGGUUGGGGAAACUGAGAAGCGGCCAUAAAGUCAAUCAGCUGCCUCCUUAUGGAGUGGUAGUGAUAUCCUCGUUAUUUCGUUAUGUAAACUGUGUUGAUCAAAAUAUUAGGACCUUCUCCGUUUGGGCUCGUUUUUAGUCAGUAAGUAGAUAGCCCCGACCGAGACGCGUUCUUUUAGGCAAAACGUGCGUUGUAUAAAAUUUUUGAGGAAGAAACAUAAUCUUUGCGCGGUAUGCGUAGAUGUAGUAGCUCAGAGAACGCUUCAUGUCACGCUAUUUCUUACUUUGUAAAAUUUGAUGUGCUUAUCUUUUAACAGAAGAGAAUAAGUUGGAGCGAGGAAUUCCAUUACUUUUACAGCCCGAUAGAAAACACCUCUUUCAGGUAAAUAUGAUUUCACGGCAUGCAUGUGUGCAGUUCACUCAUUGUACGUUCAUCACUGUGUUCUUUACUAUGUUCGGUACGAAUUAUAAAGUUUUUCAAACCCUGCAUUGCACACCUUGUUAUUUUUUUAAGUGUUGCGUCAAGGAAUGGGAAACUUUAUCUUUAUUAAUUGAGUGGUAAAAAAGCAAUAUUUGUCCACGCCUAACAAUCUCGGCAAAGUUGAGGCGCCUUUAUGACAGACAACUUUUCUUAGACUCGUCUUCUUACUGCAGUUAUGCUUGGCUUAGUUGAGAAUCUUCUUGUUUCUUUGUUAGAGAAUUUUCUUCUUUCUGCUGCAUACAAAAGUGCACCGGUCAUUGCUUUCUUCUUUAAUUAGCUGAACUUUGUGUUUUCGGGCUGGGACGGUAGUGUUGCUCCUUUAGCUGCUCGCACAGGCUGGGAUACAUGCAUUUUCGCUGCGUUGACACGAUUCUAAGUGAAUUGCUUUUUUUUAUUCAGCGCUGCAGUGGCGAUUCCACAGAGCGGUCUUUAUACACUGGAUCUUAAUGACGUCAGAGAUAUAGGUAUGUAACUUUGAUUUCCAUAUAACGUCAAGUUCCUUUUGUAAACCAUCUGUGUCUGAAGUGUGAAAAGAACAUUUCCCCUCUUGUCUCCUGUCAUUUUCCGGUUACCGGCCGUUUCGAUAUAAGUUUAUACAGUCGAGGGGUGGAUAGUUUCAGGUCCUUGGCUUAAAGAACGAACAAUAUUCACCCAAAAUGUUUUUCUUGUUAACGCGCAAACUAUAGAUCAUUUUCAGUGUCACGCAACAAAAAAAUAAAUUGAAAACCGUCCAGUGGAAGAAGCCAAGAACGUUAAAUGUUAUAAAAGACUAUUUUAUAAACAAUUUGUCCAAGUCUCAGGUCUUUGUGGCGCACAGUUUCUGAGUUAUUUGCCGAAACGUUUCACACACCUUUGUAGAACCUUGUAUAGAGACGCCAUAUUUUUGUACCGCUUUGGUGCACCAAUAUGGCCGCCAGAAAUCAACUAAAACAUCUAGAGGUCACUUUUUCUAUAAAAGCUCUUUCUUUUCACUCGAGAACUAGCAUACGUGCACAUAAACAUAUCUUCUAAUACUUGAAAUGGUUAUAAUACCGCUGAAAAUCAAGAGGGGAGACUUUUUUUCAACGAGACAGCAUUCCUAUUUGCGUCACGCACUGUGAAAACUCGGAAGUUCAAAUUGCUGUAUUUUUGAAACUUGUACAAAGAUUUAUUUUUUGUUUAUCUUCAACCUACUGUAAAUAAGAAUUCAUAAAACCUCGCUAUCUUGACUUUACAAUUUGAUGACGUCACUGUGAAAACCAUUUAUGCUUGACGGUGGGUAAUAAAAAUGUAUCAGAUCUCUCUUUUCAAAAGAAAAAACUGAAUCGCGUGAUUUCAGUUUAAAUUGAAAGGCUUCCUUGGUUUUCUACUCGUUGCAACUGCUUGUACAAAAUUUGUACAUUCUCAGCCGAGUUGUGACAAAACAUUUCCCAUAUUCCUGAAACAAAAACGAUGAAAAGAAGAGACCAAUUGUCAAGAAUAUACCAGGCAAUCGGCUCCUAAAGAUACCUGAGAAGGGAAACCAAAGAGUUAAAAGGGGGCUAGGCCUUGUCCAUGAUUUUCCUGUAAAGAUUAAACGCGGCCGUUGGAAGCAAAAUUACUAAUAAACGCCACACCCAGUCAGAAGAAUGCAGCAUUUGCUCGAGGACUUUAAGACAAAAUGGUACCUGUACGGUACUUGGUAAUCGGCUAUAAUCACAAGUCGGCAGACAAUUACGAUUCUAUCUCAGCAAAAAAGCGAGACACUGGAACUUAAGACUUACUUCUGUUUUAUAUGAGAUUCACUAUGAUUUGCCUUAAUUGUUGUCAGUGAUUUUAGAGAUAUCGUUUUGAAAUACACGUCGCCCUUAAAUAUGUUUUAAUCCUUAAUAAAUCAACUGGUCAAUUCCAGCUAUGACCACUGUCAAAAAUGUUGAUCGUCGCUUUUUGUCGGUUUUAAUUCUGUAGUAGGCAGAAGUCCGUCUAUUUUGUAUCAUUCAUGAUUUACUUACGUAAUCUCCCUUUCCAUUUAAACGUUUGCUACUUUCCAUACGCUUUGACUUCAACUCAGUUGCAUUCAACUUCAUGUUCUAAGGCUUUCCCAAUCUUUAGAUUUUACAGAUGUACAGCAGUAUUUAAGCAAAGCUAAGAACGAAGAUGUCGUGGUUGCACCGUGGUAGGUUAAUAUUCUACCGUGACGUAUUGACUUUUAGCCAGUUCGGUACUCAAACGAAAAUUGGACUCUUCCUUACAACUCCAUACCCUUACCUUCACUGUAUUCUAUAUUGGAAGGCAGGUAUGUUCAGCAAAAACGAAAUAUUGCUUAACCUUCAUAUAGACUUUUAUUGGGGAAAAAGCGCCAGUUUCGGUUCCUUUGGAAAACUCCCCACCCUACCCUACAGCUCAGUCACUCGACUAACUGAAGAGUGCGCUGUUAGAAGUCUAGCUAAAAGUCACAGAAAAUAGUAAACAGUUGCUUUACUGAUAGUAUAUUCUUAAGAAUAGCACAAGAAUCCUGUUCACUCAUUUCCAAAAUAAUAUUCCCUUUCAGCAAGGGGUAUUUCCUACCAGUUCAUUAGUAAAUACUGACAAAUCAGAAAAGUUGUGGUUUUAAUUUAGAUUCAUAGUUUCAGUUUGUCUCUUUUUAAUGCCGUCUUUUGUGCUAACUUGUCGUGUUGUCUCGUCAGGAAAAUCUGUCCAAACACCACUGUAGCAGAUGCCGAUCACAUACCGGUCUAUGGGUCUAUAUAUCCAACUGCCGAAGACAUCAUCGAUGAUACAAACCGUGAAAACAACUGUAUGUCACUUGAAUUAUUGUAGUUCAUUUUUAGUAGAUAGAGUUUACUUGGUGGGAAGAACUCGCAUGUGAGUUCUCCGUAUAAGUUGAAUGGCAUUUUGAAAAUAGGCUGAUUGUGGGCAAUUUGUUAUAUUGGAAACGAGAAGGGGACUGGAGCCGAAAUGUAUCCCACAAUUCUUUCUGGGAGCGCACCGGUCAGCUAUUGGCCGGUUUUUUCCUCAAUCCCUAGUAACAGUCCCAGAAGUCAUUGCGAAAUACAGCUCAGCGUGGUUUCCUUCUCGUAUACAGCCAUUUCGAGGAAAGUUGUCGUAAAAAAUGUGCACGCGACAAUCCAGGAAGGUAGUAUGGAAUACGAUCAAUUCACUGUUCCUGACACUGUAGCUGUCGAACCUACUUUUGUUACUUUCCUCAGCACUCGCAAACAUAUGUCCAUGGCCUCUCGUGCCAUUCCCUCAAAUUUCGUUGAAGAACAGUGAACUCAAGACCACCCACAAUACCUUUCGGGAUUGUCGCGUGCACUUUUUCCGACAACCUUUCUCGAAAUAGCUGUAUUAAGUGGUGAAUAAAUGUGAGGGCAUUCUGUGAUUACCCUGAGGGAGUAAAAUAUUGCACAGGCAUUUAUAUGUUAAGCCUUCACUAAAAAACAAACGAAAUGUUUUGGUUCAGCAUCUUUCUUGGCACACACAAAAUGGAUUGGCUAAACGUGCGAACAAUUUUUGUCUAAACAUGGAACAGAGUGAGCCCACAUGAUGUCUUUUGUACAUUAGUGCUGCGAUUGUGCUGUCUACUACUUAGUUUCUGAUUGGCUGAUAUUUCUCCCUUGCACUUGCUUUGCUGGCACAGUUCGCUAAACAAUCAAACAUUUAUUAGUAACGCAAACUGUUCGAUAAAAUGUUUGAUUUCGGUCAAACUCUCUCUUUCAACUCGAUAUCGGACAAGCAUACUUGGUCUUCGAACCUCUGUUACGCGGCCCUGCUAUUAAGCGGUCACCUAUCAAUUUCCCGAAAUUUGCUUCCCAUAUUUACUGUAAAUUUGACCUCUAUUCAACGUGCACUGUUAUUAAGCGGAUGCGGUCACCGUUUGGAUUUCCCAAAUGGCUAAUGUUAUCAGUGUAAUUUACCUCUGUUAAACGAUCAGUUUGCCACAUAACAGUCAAUGAAUAGCGUAGUCUUGGUCACGAAGAACUCCCGCUGGCGCUGAGCAAAGUCAGUGACUUGCUUCACCAAAUUAGACGACCAUACUGAACUGAUUUUUUUUUGUCUUCAUGUUGAGUGAUAUUUUAAAGAUUGCUGAUGAUUUGCUUGAUUGAAAAGACGCUUUCCUUACGAACGACAUUACUGUUUCGGUAACAUCCAAAUACUUUUAUCAUAUUUCACGUUACUGUUGUUGUGAACAAGAACUUGUAAAUAGCUAGAGUAAUCAGUUUUGCCGUGUAGGUCUAUUUCUGCCACGCUAUGGGCUAAAUUUUUGGAAAACCUCUAUCAAGUGAUCAACCUCAGUGUUUUUUUCUGCCGAGUUGAUAAGCGUUCCUCGUGAUUUGUUAAGUUAGCCUAUCCGUUAACAGAAAAUAGCAAGGCUGGAUCAACGGUUCUGACUUAGGGCCGGCCCAUUGCAGAUGCAACGUUUGUUUCUGUGCUAAAUGGUGUUGUCUGGGGUAAGAAGAUGGAAGUGUCUGUGAAGUAAGAAGGGAAGCGUAGGGACGUAUAAGAACAAUACAUGAAGCUACAGUUAGUGGUUUCUAUUUUUUUCUAGGUGAUAGGGCAAAACUGAAACACUUGCUCUUUGAUGCAAAUUUAACCAUGGAGGCAGCUGCUAAGCACUGGGAACUUAAGUGAGUUUAGUGACUCCAGUCACCUGUUAACAACACCUUGUAGCUGAUUGGCUUACCAGUGUAGAUGAUUGGUUCACCUGGGUAGAUAUGGAGUUCCCAAGGCAGCGACUGAUAUAAAUAACCGUGUGUGCCUUAAGCGCACUCCCCUGUUACAGUGAAACCUCGAUUUAACGGAGUGCCAAGGGACUGGGAAAAUUUGUUCGUUAUAUCGAAAACCUCGAUUUAACGAAUUUUUGGGAAAACAAGCAAAAUGUUCGUUAAGUCGGGGUAUAGUUAAUGAUUGAUUUCUAAAGUCCAGUAUUUCCGGAUCUGAACAAUUUAUGUAAUAAACAUCUGUAUACAAAGCUAUUGUCUCAAUUCAGAGCUGUACAUAGCUACCGCACUAUAAACACAAGAAAAACUACUGUACACAUAAAUUUUAUCCUCGUUGUUCUGUUUCGCUUUCAUCUUUAGCUAUGUUUCGGUCACAUGUUGACAUUUAUUCGUUAUGUCGAGGUAUAUUUUACGUUUGCGUUUCUGGAUUAUGUUCGUUAUAACGAGGAUUUCGUUAAAUCGAGGUUGCACGACCUUGCACUGUACCAUUAAAUGCUCUUCGAUACAAUGUAUUUUGUCUUUAGAAAAUAGUAACCUAAAUAGCCUAAAUUUGUGCUGAUUACCAUUUAUGUAAGAAUCUGUUUAGGUUAACUUGGGAAAAUGGAGGUUCUUAGUCGCGGGUUUUUAACGUAUCCUUACUCUUAUCCCUUAGAGACUAAUUGGAAAUUCCUAGUAGUCAACUUGGAGGAGGGUCUUAACGGCCAAAACGUUUAAGGGAGAGCAUAAAACCUAAACAGGGACUUUAGACAAGUGGGGGAAGGGGAGCAAAGGUAAUGUACCCUCCAUGGGGAAGUAUGGAUAUCCCCUGGGGCAAUACAGUACAGAUUUUGAAAUAUUCUGUUGUUUGCAGAGAUGGAAUAGAAGAUAUAUUUGUAGCAACGCUUGGAGGAAUCAUGAGGUGGCUAAAUUCAAGGUGUGUUCUUAGAUAAGAAUUGGGCUUGUCUCGAUAUUGCUUAACUGAUGUAGCUUAUAUUGUUAAACGCCAGUCAGUCAGAAUUGUGUCCUCCCUUAGUAGUCAGUACACACGGACAAAAACAGACGGAAGACUGAUGGAACAGGAGAUUAUACAGAAACAAGGAGAUUGCAUAAGAGAAUUCCCUUGUGUACUGGCGCAUCAAGAUACAACCUCACUGAAAACAUCACCGGAUUCGUUGAGAGAAUUAUGGGAGAUGUUAAGAUCAUGCCGGGUUGUACCAUCUAGUCUGCGAGCAAGCUCUCCGUUUUGGGGAUAUCGUUAGGAGUCACACGGGAGCAGCUCACUCGCGCGUUGUCGGGGUGUCUUCGCUCGCCAUCCGAAAUGGGGGGUUUGCUUGCAGGCUACAUACAGUCUCCUGUAUUGUUUUUCAUUACAAACCGGGAUUACGUACGGUGUGCUUCCAUUAGUACAGCAAAAUUGUGAGAAGGUAUGAGAGCCGGUCCAACAGCCUCAACAUAUCGAAAACAAUAGCCAAAAUAUGUUGUGAUAAUGUUGUGACAAAAGUUCUACGGGUUUAAAAUCUUCACAACAUCACGAACUGUCAGCAGUGUUCUAUGGGGAAGAGUGAGUGUCAAACAGAAUGUGAGAAUGUUAUGACUGUUCUCCACUUCAAAAACAGGAGACUGGACCGAGUUUACUUUCGCAAAGACUUUUGGGACUGUUACAAGGGACAGAGAAAAAAAAUUGGCCAAUAGCUGACUGGUACGUCACCAGAAAUGAUCCCACAAACAAUUGCGGGGUACAUUUUGGCACCAGUUCCCUUUUCGUUUUUCGUUCCUUAAGUAGCGAAUUGGGUAGCCUGUGCAUAGACGUUGUUUUAUGUCAAUGAAUCCCCUGCGGUUUAUAUUUUAUCACCCGCGCUCGACAGACUUUGAAGAGAAAAUAAAGGGUCUGUGAGGAGGCUACGUAUUGGGAGAUUACAUCUGUAACAUGAAUUUGCAUGUAAUUGUGAUUAAGCUAGGAACCUAUAGAGCGUUUUCACUCACAUGGCCAGCAUCUGUGCAAAUUCAUUGGAACCAAAGAAAGCGUUUGUAGAAGAAAAGAGUUCAAUUCCCACAGGAUUGUCUUGGUACACCAACAUGGCCGCCGUUUCAUUGUUUUGGAACACCAAUAUGACCUCCGUGACGUCAUGUGAAAACGCGUCUAUAAUUACAUCUAAACACCUUCUAAUUAGAAAUCAUGAAUAGGCCCUUUGCAGCUUGCCAUUCACGUGGUACAAAACCGCCAUGCUAGAACGCAAAAGUCGCACUGGGGCAAGACCAACAAAAGGCAUAAAUAAUUUUAAAUAGUAAUUUCCUUUGUUUGUCUUGUCCCAGUGCGACUUUUGCGUCCCAACAUGGUAGUUUUGUACCACGAGAAUGGCAAGCUGCAAAGGUCCUAUUAUACCAAACGACUUCAGUUGUCUAUGUUAUCUUUACAGCAAUAUUACAUUGCCACGGUAUUACACUAAAAAACAGUUCUACAGACAGGCAGUUCAGUAUGCAGACAAAGCUGUUGGCGUGGACAAAACAAUCAUUGUUUUCUCUGCUCCUUACAGAGCACAUGGUAAGAAAACAAACACAAUCGUACGUUGGGAAUGCAAAAAACGUUUCUAGUUGUUCCACCGUAGAUUUUGAAGAUAUUAAAAAUACUUUUGCUGGUUGUGUAGGGGGAAAUGACAGCAAACGUAUACGUUUGUAUUUUCCGAAUUCGUUAAGAAUCCAGAAGGUUUUAGUACAGGGUUUGUACAGGUUAUGGAAAACCGGGAUAAUCAUGAAAUUUAAGAAUUUCAUUUUGCAGGCCUGAAAAGUCAUGGAAUUUACUUGUCGCUCAUGGAAAAUCAUGGAAAAUUUAAAAAGUUUUGUCUGGUGGAUUAGUUACUGCAGAUGACAAAGGAAAGACAAUGUGAGAUAGAGAGAAGUAAUCAAACAUCGCGAACGGCACACAUUUUGAUGGACUCCAGAGUUUUUCUGUUGAACUUUAGAACUGUUUAAAGUUAAAAAUACCUUAAAACAAGAAUAGUUUUGAAAAUUUUUGAAAGUGACAGCGUAACCCUUCAUGGAAAACUUGAAAAGGUCAUGGAAAAAUUCAUGGCCGGAAAGUCAUGGAAUUUAAAGAGCUCAAAAGGAAACAAACCCUGUGGUACCUGAUUUGUUUUGUCGUUAACACGGUUUGAUUUGGAGUCCAGAGAUUUUAAAUCCGGUAUCUAAAGUGAAUACUUCAUAUUUGAAUGAAUGUUCUCGGAUUUACUGACGGAUGUUCGCCUGUGAAUCCAAGUAUUUUAAAUGUAACAAAUCCGGGAAAAUUUUUAAUCCAGAAAAGUCUCCUAUGGUGUAAAGAGCCAGCGCCGGAGUGUUUCUUCUCCAGACUCGACAGGGACAUCACGACCACUUGGGGAUAGAACUGAAGGUCCCUGGAAAUCGUUUUAUCCGCACAAUUCAUGAGAGAUGAGAGUACAUCGCCGGGCCAGCAUCAUGUGUUCCUUUACUUUUCCUUUGAAAUGAGAGUAGCCUAGGACCAGGCUCCUCUCAGUAGUGGGGAAAGUUAGGGGGAAAGUGGGGAAAAAAGGUGCUCAGUUCUUUCCCCUCCCCAGUCCCUAGCUCGGCUCGCCUUGCUCGCCAAUUUUUUUCUCCUCGGAGGAGCCUGGUUCCAGCGUGGUGUGAAUAUGAGGGGCCAUUGGAUAAAUGCAGUAGACGAGGCCAAACGUUUGAUGUCGCUAUCUAGUGACACGAUGAUUAUGGAGUGACCUAAGUAAAGAUCGAGAGAAGUGUGAAAAAAAGUUUUUGUAAGCUUUUCUGUGUUGCUGUGAAACACACCCCCACUAGCAUUACCAUGAACUCCUUCUGCUAGCAGUGUUUCUAAUUAGGGUUUUACUUUUGUGUUGUAGGUUACCAAAGUGAUGUCAACGAAUCUGUCACGAUAACAGCAAGUGCUCCUAUCAUUAUUUCAGACAAAAACAACAACAACAACAAAGUUGUAGCUGCAGGUGAGUUGGACUGAAGCUUCGAAUGUUGUGGGUCGGGUGAGAGCGUGAUAUGAUUCUAACCCAGUACGGGUUGAGUGAGUGUGUCUGAGAGUUCGAGCUGAAGGGUCCCUUUACGUCAGGUAACUUUUCUUGCUGUCAACUGGACUACACCAUAAACUUGGCCUUCAACAAUAACGUCACAGUCAAGUCUGCUUCUUGACAAAAUGUUGGUGGAGCCUAGUUUUUUACCUUUGCGGUUAAAAGUCUAUAUACCGUAAACCAUUCUCAAUCCUUCGUAACAAGAACGCUGAGCGGAACCAUUGCAGCCGUCUGUCUACAGUGUCGAUAAAGUGAUGCAUAAACUUAUUUAACAAUUAAUGAAUGAGGCUGAGUAUCUUAUGAAGAAUUAUGUAGAUCGAGGAAAGUGUUUUCCACCAAGGCCGAAGGCCGAGGCGGAUAACAGCCUCCGCGGUUUACGAAGGAGUCCUAGGUGGAGAUAGCUGCAACGAUGCGCUCCAAACGUCAGGUUUCGAAUAUUUUUAUGGUGAGAAAUUGGCUAUAUCAACUACGGAAAUUGUUUGCUGUUAACAGCGUCAAUAGGGCUUACAACCCGGUCUAGAACAACUUUUGUCUGUCCUUGAAAAUGCUCACCCUACAAUUGUGAGGUUCCCAGUCUGUCUUAAAAUGUGGUCGGCUUAGUAAAAUGCCCACUUGACUAUUUCUUUCUGCUGGGAUAUUACGCUUGUCGAAUUGCGCUGGCCAUUUACAACGUAAAUUUGAGUGCUUUCACUUUCAUUAAGAAACAUGAGAUAUUACUUCAUUACCGUUGUUGGAUUCAUACAUUAACAAUGGCGUGAGCAUCUCAGUGCCAUCUGUCGUUUCCCGUGAUGCAUGCGUAGCCUGUCUAUUAUUCUAAAGACUACUUGAGAUGCAUUUUCACAUGGGAUUGCUUUUCAAAUCUGGCACCUAAUCUUGUCUCUUCCUUUGUGCCACGCCGUAACUAUAACUUCAAGAAGGCUUUGGAAUAUACAACUGAUUUAUUUUGCUGUCUCUUGACUAAGGUUUAUUAUUAAGCCAUAAACUAAAUUAGAAAGUUUAUCCUUUGGAUAAAAUGUUUCCUUUCUUUUAAAAGAAGUAGUAUUUAUAUGAUUCUCAAGUCCAAGGCAAAGCAAUACUUUUAAAAAUAACAACUAAACACAUUUGCAUAAUUUGCUACUUUAUGUAGUAUUGAUAGUGGUAUUACGAUGAUUCCGAAACCGACGUCGACUGUUUACGCUCUUAUUUAUUGUUUCUUUUUCGCUAAAUCACUGUUGAUAAAAAACGAGAUGUUUCCAGUUUAUUUUUUGACAAACCAAGUGUAUACAGUACAGUAUUUCUGCCGUUGGCUUUUUUGUGUGUAAUUUAAUUCUUUGUUUGUUAACAGUGGUUGGAAUGCACGUAAAAGAGAAGACUUUCACAGAAAAGUUAUUCGACGCUGUUGGAAGGGUAAGAGACGCAGUUUACCAAGAACAAAACAGGGCUCGCAAAUUUUGGCGAGCUUCAUAAUAUUGCGGCCUUGGAACGCAUAAUUUACUGUAAUUCGUGUAAAGACUUCUCUUUACCCGAGUGUGGGGGGGGGGGGGGGGGGGGGGGUACUUAGGUUAAUUUUUGCUGGGUAUGUGCCGCUGGCCUCUCAGAGGCCCUACCCCAUUAUAGUCUAUUCUGUGGCCAAUUAUAGACCCCAUCUUAGCCACUUUUCGGCAAAUAUGUAAUUUUCGCGAUCCCAACUUAGUCACUUUCUAUUUUUAUGAAUUGACCCAUUUUUUGGAUUGAAUGAAGAACACUUUACUUUUCAUCUACAGUACAAACAUUCUGGUACGUUUGCUAACCGUAAAUAUGAAGAACUGUCUUACCCCAAAAAAUCCAAAAAUCUGCGACCCCAUUCUAGUAACUCUAUUGAAAAUACGACCCCAUUUUAGUCAAUCCGGUCGUGAAAAUGCGACCCCAUCCAGCGGCACAUCCCCAUUAGCCUCUUAUAAGGAAGUACCCCCCCUACUUCCUUUUGUUCCGGCGGACAGUCCAUACAUUGACUCUUGUUUAACUCUCUCUACAACGGCAACGACCACUAAAGCGUGUCCCCAACUGCCAAAAUAACCUCUCGACAAUGGCCAGUUUUUUCAGCGACUGAUGAAAGUCAAGAGUGGUCAUGAUAUUUGAUCGGUAUGGCGCGUUGAUGAUCAAUCGCGGCAAGCGUAUUUUGAUUGUGUUCCAUUUAUAAAAUAAUGCUGCAGUGAGCAUGAAUUGUCAACGAUUCUUAAGGUGAAUGUUGCGUACCUUGCUCGUCUUGUCAUGUUAGCAUUUUGAUUUAAAGCAUCAUUCAAGUGUUUUUGUGUAUUUUGUCUCUGUAUAAUUAUUAUAUGUGAUUGGGUUACCAUUAUGAGAUACCCUAAGCAUGAACUCAGCAUAAUCAACAUGUUGUACUCCUUAAAAAAAAAAAAGUCACAUUAUCCCCCUACCUUCUCAUAAGGGCCACCUCUCCAGAACCGCCACUUUCUUCUGUUCCCAAGGUGGCUGUUGUGGGGAGGUUUAAAGAGAUUACUCGAAAUGAACUUAGUAGAGUACGAGAAAUGUUGGCCCCAGUUGGAAGUGUGCGUUUGUAUAUCGACUUGUGGCUAGUUUUUGUUCCACAUUUUUAACACGUAAAUUUUUGUUUUCGUUUUUCAUUUUUACAGGAGAACUGCAAUAUCUCAAAGGUAAGUGUUUCAACUCUGAGUUUGUGAUGGAAAAUCGCAUUAUUCUAUUUGUCAAUGCCCUCGUUAUGCGCUAUGUUUGUAAAAAGACUUGUGAUGUCCAUCGAAAUAUGAAAUGUGCGGUUUUCCACCUUUGUCUUUUCAAAAAAAUUUAUAAGGUCGGUGGUAUCUUUGGUUACUUCCUAGAAAGAUAGAUAUGCUCCUCUCUCUGAAAAAAGAUAACUCCGGUCCAUGUCGUUAGUCGGUUAAUAUUUUUCCUGUCGGUAGUCGGUAAUUUUUUCCCGUUUUGUCGGUAGUCAGUAAUAUUUUUCGCCCUUUGUUUCUAGUCGGUUUCAAAUACUAACAACAAUAAACAAAGCUUGUAGUGAUUUUUAGUUAAGUUCAGAAUUUAUACCUGGCGGUGAGAAUUAACAUUUUGUUACUCUAUUUGUUUUUAGUUUAAGAUCCACAAUUUUUGUAUUUGUGUUUCAGGAACAUUACUGUCGUUUUAUCGACUAUGAUGGCUUUGUGGUGGCGUCAAAUGUCGAGAGUGAAUCUGAGGUAUAAAUGAGAAAGUCACGGCCCUCAAACAAAACAGGAGUUUAUACGCUUCCAGAACAGCAGCGAAAACAUCACUUAAAAAGUGACCUCGUGUUCUUUGAAACUUCAGCCCGAUUAUCCCAACUCGCUAACUUUGUCACGAUUGUAAGGGAAAUUGCCUGGAGCUGAAUUCCUAUUCAAGUUUAGAAGGAGAAAGGGAAAUCCAUCGUCGUGUGUUGAAAUUUUAGGUCGUAGUGAAAGGAGCGGCAAGAAAAUGUACCAAAAAGUGUAAUAUACUUGCAAGUUUGUUGUCCUAAUCUAAACCUUAUUGCUUUUUUGACGUUCUUGUUGCUGUCGACGUCAUGGCCUCGUAGCAUCUUAAACUCCAUAAUUACAACAUCCCGAUCCCCUGAAAAUUCAGCUCAAUAGGGAGCAGCCAUUUUUUUGAUUAGCGAGUUUAAUUUACGUUAGUAAGUCUAGUGUAGUUUACAUGAAAACUUUAGAAACUCCCCGCGAUAAUAAUGAUACCCUCCCCCCCCCCACACACACUAUUCAGCUUCAUGGAUAGGAGUACAUGUAUAUCCUACAGAGCAAGAUAAGAAAUUCUUUUUUUGUGGGAAGCACAAUUUGUUCUGCUUAGUUUGUAUUUUAUGUCAACCGACGAUUAUGCAGUAGAAACUGAGUACACUGGAAAAUCAGUUUUCUUUUUGUUUUAACAUCAGGUUGGUAAGUUCUUGGGCGCGUUUGAAGGAGGAGGAACCGUCAUGAGAACAUUUAUCAACAGAUCUCUGUUUGAAAAGUUAGUCUUGUUUUGCUUUUUAUUGUAAAUUUUAUUGAUUGAAAAGCAGCUUUGGGAUUUAACAUCUUAAAUAGACUUUUCCUCGGUUUUUUUUCAACUAUGGACAUGGAUCAGUUAAAGAAAAGCCGUCAACAGCACUGGAAAGAGCGCCAUUAGUAAAAUUGCCAAGUUUGAAAUAGGUUCGUCUUAAGUGAGCGAAGAUAUUAUAGCUUCGCGAAAUUACGAAAAUUUACAGACGUUUGUACGGUAGGUGGCGGGGAGGGGGGUGGGUGACGGACAAGUUUGUGCCCCCCGCCCACCACACAAACGUCUCUAAAAUUUAGCGACUUUGAGGAGCUAUAUGUUCGUCAGUUUUCUACGAAUCACUUUUAAAAUUGGCAGUUUUACUCAUUUUAAGGCACUAUAUUUCCAGCGGAGGCGACGGAUUUUGCGUCACUUGUCCAUGUCAAAAUCUGAAAAAAAUCCGUGGGUCUAUUAUGAACUGAAAGUUGAGAACGGCAACAAAUCUAUAAAUCUACAGCUAAUUGUUAAACUGCGGAACAGAGAGUUAAAAUUCAGAACAAUGUCAUGGUUAGUGCACUUAAAGACAGCUUGACCGGCCUGUCAGCCUUUACCUGGAUUUUUUUCUAGGGAGUCCUAGGCUUGUCGGUCGUGCUCAUAUGUAGCAUGUAGCAGUCGCCUUCCGCCAGUCAGUUGAAGGACUGCACUCCAUCGUGUGUAAGGCGACUAAGGCUGGGACCGACACUAAGUUUCCUCUCACAGAGGUUUCCCCUUGAUAGAAAGUCAAAGAAAAUGACUGAAGAACUGCAGGAAUUAAUUCCACUAGAUGUGUCCGUUUUAGGGAGCUGUGCGUCUUAUAGAGAUAUCCCUCGUUAGCAGAGAGUUAGCUAGCUAUGGCAGUACGCUUCUACUCAGAGAAAAUUAUUCAUGCAGGGCUGGGGAUGUUCUUAUUUUAUGCAGGUUAACUUUUACUAGUACACAAGAAGAGUGCAAAAAACCAGAGGAAAAGACUUCAAAUGCCAGGACACUUUUGAAUGUAAGGCCAAACAAAGGGAUGAAACAAAUAAUUGCAAAAUAAUACGGCAUCAUGGUAAAUGGUACGUGGGGAAGACAAAACGCAAGGCUCGUGUUACACCUAGUACUCCUUCAAAAGCCCUCGAAGUUAAUUUUAGAUUUCAGGGGAGCUUGAAAAGCUCUUGAAAAGAAAGUGCUUGAAAACUUCUUGAAAAAAACCAGCACAAUCCCUGUAUAAGCGGCUUUCUUUGAAGCGGACGUACUGUUGUGCACGUAGUUUUCCUGUUGUGUGGUAACUUUUGGUAUACUGACUACUUUGUUUUCUGAUUUGUGUAGCCUCUCUUUGCGGUGACAUCAUACGUUCAGUUCUGGACGCAGACUGUGUUCUGGUAAGUAACUCAGUAUUUUUAUGAGACUUUAUUGUCACGAUGCAGAGCUCUGUCCGUUCGACAGCGUAAUAAUGAACGUAGCCUCGUAAUAGCCAAUGAAAAAAUGUUGGCCUUCACAAAACAGUCACACAGUGUGAUUUGACACGGGCGAGUGGGAAAAAAUGGGUGGAAGUUAAAUUGCCCGCCAAAUUUGCCACCCGCUUCGCGUGGUGACGCCGCCACUAAGAAAGUACCCCGGACAUAACAAUCCCGCAAGCUUCGCAGGCUAACACGACAUCGACUCAGUCUCAAAUCAGGCGUGGUCUCACGCGUAACCCAAAUGUGGUGAAUUCUUUAGCUUAGUACCCGCUGAAAGAAACAGAUAAAAGUAAAUCAUCUGAAUACUGAUGUAACAUUUAUUGUUUUUAUGUUUACAGGUCGCUGGCGCAGUUCAAUAUUUACAGUCUCUUUUCUCGUGGAGGUGUAGGUAAGUUGUUUUUUGAUUCAAUAGGUUAGCGGUUUGAUGUAUUUGUGGAUGUUAAGGCCCGUGUAAUCCCCCAUAUUACACUCUGUUUGAUCCCCAAAUUUUGCGCAAGUUAUUGUUGUCAAAUGCUCUUGGGAAUGUGCAGUUUCCCCUGAAGCAUUUAGCCUGCGUAGCAGGCGCCAGUUUUUUGAGGGCGGAGAGAGGUGAGGGAAGGGGAAAUACUCGAGAAGGACUGUUCCUAAGAUAAAAAAGGGUAAUUUUGAGUCCCGGGGAGCAAGGGAUAGGACAGUGGUGAGAGCGCUCGGGAUUAAAUCCCGGCUUCAACUCCAUAUGUUGGUUGAGUUUGUUGUUGGUUCUCUCCCUUGCUCCGAGAGGUUUUUCUCCGGGUACUCCGGUUUUCCUCUCUCCUCAAAAACCAACAUUUCUAACUUCCAAUUCGGCCAGGAAUCAGGUAGACGAUGAACCACUUUGUGGAUGUGCUACCUCCAAAUCUUUAUUUAUUUAUUUAAAGUCGACGAAGGACCAGUUAUUACAGUGAUUGUUUUUCUAUAAAUAAAUAAAUAAUAAAUGUUAUUUAGCCAGGGUUAUCUCUUCAGAAUAAAAUGCUGUUAUCAAUGAGGGCUCUGGAAAAAUAAUAAAACUAAAUAAAAUAAAUAAAAUAAUAUAUUUAACAAUUAUUCCACGAGGGCGCGUUGGAUAUGAGAUGAUAGAUAGCCAACGAGGCGCAUAGCGCCGAGUUGGCUAUAAUCAUUUCAUAUCCAACAAGCCCGAGUGGAAUAAUUGUUUUAUUAAAAACGCCCACGAAAUCUCGUUGAAUCGCCCCGACUAAAACAAACCGGAAAAGACAAGGGACUUCCGCCAUUGACAUGUCACACGUCUAUCAAAACUGUCAACGCGCGAACCGGGCUCGCCUAGACUGCAUGAAUGAAAAAUCAAAACAUUGUGCGAUGAACAUUAGUUUUUUAAACACUCAUCGUGAUUCUAGGAUUUUACACAGCAGAACAGCUUAAAAAACCUGGCAGAUAAUGUGAAGGAAAGGAAUUUUUAAGUGACAGCCGUCGAAAUUACUAUGAAUUUGGAUUUUCGGUGCAGUUAUAAAAGUAAGAACAACGGAGAAAAACUACCGGUAUUACCUCGGUCGCUUGUUAUGAAGUUGUUUGAAGCCACAAGCUGGUUUUGCUGAACGAGAAAAGAAGCUAUACUGCCGCCUCGAUUGCUCUAGUGAAUGGCAGAAUAGCCUGUAUUUGUAGCUGGUUACUUGUGAUUUAUAUUCUUGAUGUCGGAUAAACAAGCUGCAGUUAUCUAUCGGCGAGUGACUCGAUCGGCGAAUGGCUUCGCGAUCAUGAAGAAACAACACUUGUCUUCUUUCGUAGCUGGUCAAGGUACUUUAGUUCCAUGUGUUUUCAUGUGUUUUUCGACAAACUUUCAAACAAGCUCUCGUGGCUUUUUUGUUUGUUUCUGUCUUUUUUCUUUCGUUGAAAUUGCAUUUCUAGUAUUCUAUUCUAGUAUUCUAUCCUUCGCGAAAAAAAAUCUCAGCUAGCUUCCAAUCUUUAAACUGACGCGUACACCGACCAUAUAUGGAGAACAUGGUAUAUUUAACAAUUAUUCUUUGAAAUCGAGGUGAAUAGUGGCAAAAUAUUUACCGAGCCGCGAAAGCGGCGAGGUAAAUAUUCCCAAAGCCACUAUUCACCGAGAUUGAGAAGAAUAAUUGUUUUAGUAUAUACACACGAAGUGAUCUCAACAAAAUCAGAAAGGAAACCAUUCAAAAGUAGGAUUUGAUUGACAGAUCAAAUCACGCGUAAGUUUAAAAAUAGAUCUUUGCAGAAUUUUCAAACAUGGCAAUUCACAAGUUUACUUAUUUCGCAAACAACAGCGUAAUGGCUUCAAUGGAAUCGCUAAAAGUUUGAACUGUUUCCUUACCUGAGAAAAAAAGUAGAGCUGUGUUGUUUUCUGUUGACUCGCCAAGUUUAUAGCCAAAAGGGCAUGUUGUGUCGUUCUUCGCAUGAAGUGCUGACAAAAAUGGCGGCUCGGUUGCUCGAGGUAAGAGGUCGUCUUCCUGUAUUAUUCUUUUUCCUGUUUACUUGAAAUGUAGAAUUUCUGCAAACAUUUCCUUUUAAAUUUGUUUGUCAUAAAUAAACUUCGAUUUUUGAGCCAAAAUUUUCUUCUUAGAAAACGCUGAGUUCACGGGAGUUGUAAACAAUCCAUCGAGCACAAAACUCCUGAUACAGUAAAUUGAAAAACGCCGUAUUGAAUCCUUCCAAGUCUUUUCUUGCCUUAAAAAAAGUCAGCCCUAGGAUUUUGUCGACUUUUAAAAGAUCGUUCUCUAAAAAAAACGGGAAAAACACCGAGCUCACACAUUAUCCACUCGCUAGGAGGUGAAUAUUGUUGAAUAGUCCGAGAUAGCGAACCAAUCAGAUUGCUUAAAUCACCAAGAUCACUGAGUGUGUAUGUACUAAUUAACAAUUAUUCUUUGAAAUCGAGGUGAAUAGUGGCAAAAUAUUUACCGAGCCGCGAAAGCGGCGAGGUAAAUAUUCCCAAAGCCACUAUUCACCGAGAUUGAGAAGAAUAAUUGUUUUAGUAUAUACACACGAAGUGAUCUCAACAAAAUCAGAAAGGAAACCAUUCAAAAGUAGGAUUUGAUUGACAGAUCAAAUCACGCGUAAGUUGAAAAAUAGAUCUUUGCAGAAUUUUCAAACAUGGCAAUUCACAAGUUUACUCAUUUCGCAAACAACAGCGUAAUGGCUUCAAUGGAAUCGCUGAAAGUUUGAACUGUUUCCUUACCUGAGAAAAAAAGUAGAGCUGUGUUGUUUUCUGUUGACUCGCCAAGUUUAUAGCCAAAAGGGCAUGUUGUGUCGUUCUUCGCAUGAAGUGCUGACAAAAAUGGCGGCUCGGUUGCUCGAGGUAAGAGGUCGUCUUCCUGUAUCAUUCUUUUUCCUGUUUACUUGAAAUGUAGAAUUUCUGCAAACAUUUCCUUUUAAAUUUGUUUGUCAUAAAUAAACUUCGAUUUUUGAGCCAAAAUUUUCUUCUUAGAAAACGCUGGGUUCACGAAACGGCUUCUUCUACGCGAAUACACGGGAGUUGUAAACAAUCCAUCGAGCACAAAACUCCUGCUACAGUAAAUUGAAAAACGCCGUAUUGAAUCCUUCCAAGUCUUUUCUUGCCUUAAAAAAAGUCAGCCCUAGGAUUUUGUCGACUUUUAAAAGAUCGUUCUCUAAAAAAAACGGGAAAAACACCGAGCUCACACAUUAUCCACUCGCUAGGAGGUGAAUAUUGUUGAAUAGUCCGAGAUAGCGAACCAAUCAGAUUGCUUAAAUCACCAAGAUCACUGAGUGUGUAUAUACUAAUAGCUCAUAUACCAUAACGGCUAAGCCAAUCAAAAUGCUAGAAUUGCAUUAUCCAAUGAUUCAGUUUUUAAUAAAUAUAUAUAUAUAUAUUUAACUAACCUAAAUUACAGCAACUACAAAUACACUAAAAGUUAAAAAUACAACAAGAUUUAAAAAUUGUUUAGAAAAGCUAAAAUAAUAAUAAUAAUAAUAAUAAUAAUAAUAAUAAUAACAACAAUAAUAGACACUUACAUAGCGCGGUAUCGACUAAUUGCUCAAAGCCCUGUACAAUAAUAUGGUAAGAAACUAGAAUUAAAAACUAUUAUGAGAUAAAGUAGAAUUAAAUAAAGCUACUAAAAUCAAACAUCCUAGGCUAAUUUAAAUAAGUAUGUCUUCAACUGCGUCCUGAACAGGUCGACAGAUGUAACACCCCUGAGUUUAGGGGGCAAUUGGUUCCAUAACCUAGGAGCAGCCGCGGGAAAAGCCCUAUCAUCAUACAUCUUUAACCUAGUCCUAGGCACGGCUAGGACAUUCUGGGAACUAGAACGAAGUAAUGGUGGACCAUUAGUGUACAGUCGACUCUCUCUUAACGGACACCUCUAUAAGACGGACACCUCUGUAAAACGGACACCUAGAGUUGGUCCCUGCCUUUCUUUACUCCUUUUAUUUGACUCUCUAUAAGACGGACACCUCUCUAAGACGGACACUUAGUGCCGGUCCCAAAGGUGUCCGUCUUGGAGAGAGUUGACUGUAGCGUAAAAGUUCGGAUAGUUAAGUUGGUGCCAAGCCAUUUAGACAUUUGUAAACUAAGAGUAAAAUUUUAAAAUGUAUGCGAUAAUUUAGCGGUAACCAAUGACGUUUGAACAGGAUAGGAGUGAUAUUGUCAAACCGCUUAGAUAAAGUAACAAUGCGUGCAGCAGUGUUUUGGAUCAGUCUUAACCUGUUUAACAGGUGUUUAGGAAGACCAUAUAACAAAGAGUUACAGUUAUCGAGUUUAGAGCUAAUAAACACAUGUACUAAAAUUUGAGAGGCAUCGUCACUUAAGUACUUCCUGAUCUUAGCUAUGUUCCUUAAAUGAUACUGACAGGAAACGCAGAUUUUGUUAACAUGGCCGGUUAAAUCAAGACUGAUCUAUAAUCACCCCAAAUUUCGGUCGGAAAGUUUGGGUUGGAUCUUCUCAUCGACCACUUGGAUAAACUCAAGAGAAGGCCUGCAACGAAAUUUUGAGCUGAUGAGAACAAGUUCAGUUUUAUCCUGAUUGAGUUUAAGACCAUUGUUCACCAGCCGACAAUCAAUGUCGUUUAAAUGCAUUCGACACGACGCUUAGCCAAAGAGAGAUCAUAGCUACAGUCAGUUCUAAAAGAUAUAUACAGCUGGGUAUCAUCAGCGUAUAAAUGAUACUGUAACUUGUGGAACUUGAUGAUAUCAGCAAUAUGAGAUAAAGAAGAGGGCCCAGAACAGAUCCCUGGGGUACACCGCGUUUUAGGGAGCGCUGUGUUGACCUACAGUCAUUGACCCGAACAAACUGCGUGCGCGACGUCAGGUAUGACUCAAACCAUGCAACUGCAGCACCGUUUACUCCAAAGCAGUCACGCAAUCUUGAUAACCAUAUCGAAUGAUCAACUGUGUCGAAGGCAGCUGACAAAUCCAACAAAAGAAGUAUAACAGACUCAUUGUUGUCAAUAGCACACAGGGUGUCAUUCUGGACUCUUACUAACGCUGUCUCGGUGGAGUGAAAGUUCUUAUAUGCAGACUGAAACAUCUCAUCUAAGUGGUGCGCCAUGACGUGAUCUGUGAGUUGUAUGGCAACUGCCUUUUCAACAAGCUUUGAAAAUGCAUUUAAAAGCUAAACUAAUACAAAAACUUAACAAGUAACUAAAAAACGUUUGAUCUACAUAAUUCCAAAAUACGAGUUUUAAAAUCACAACUGACUUAGAAUCCUUCAUUUCACUUGCAAUAUUGUUAAAAAGUCUAGAUCCAUUAAAAUAAAAAGACUUCCUUGCCGCCUCACUUCUGACUUUGGGGAGCAGCAAGGUGUGCCCACUUCCCCUCGUGUUGUGGAUAGUUCUAAAAACCUUAAAUAAUCUUUGAAAGGUAAACGAAGAACCACUUUUAAAGCCCUUUUAAAGCCCUUGAAGAAAAAAGUCAAUGUGUAUGUUGUAGUUGAUUUUUAUCUCAGGUAAUUUUUCUUUUUCUUUUGUUUUUGGGUAUAGUAAUGUAUGCUAAUAAAGAUAAAAAAUUAACUACAACAUAAAUAACAUUGAGCUCAUGCCGUCAACAUUGGCGGACAACAGUUUACUGUUAUCCUCUGACGUCAUACAUUUUGCCCUGUUGCCCGCUCAGAGACUUGGCGGGAAAAAGUUUAAUAAAAUCAUGCGCCUUCCAAGUAACCAAUAAGAGUGCAUUAUUAAGGGAAAGAUUCCAGCUAAAUAACAAUGAAACACAUUCUUUCAUUCGCAGCUGUGGCUGAAGGGCAACAGCAACAGGACAUGAUCCCAUGCUCUCAAGAACUUCAGUUUUAUAAAGGAUAUUGGGAAAAACAAGGGCAAGGUACAGUAGCUUGUGAGCUGGGUUUUUUUUUAAUAUUUUGAAGAGAGAGAGAGAAGCCACUGACCAAACGUUGAUUGCAGUCGGCAGGGAUUCCGCAUUACUAAGGACGCUUUACGCUGUCGUUUGUAAACAAGCUCUCCAUUUUAUUAUUCUCCCACUCGCGUGAUUUCAGAUCCAAAAUACACAGCUGUCUCGUUAGACUACGAGUAGUCCCGCAUUUGUCCUCAGAGAUACGCUACUUCGUUGGUACAUUGAUGUGAAGUGUGAAGCCCAAGGUUCUAGAUUCAGUAAUGCCGCAAUUAUGACACACUCGAACUAUUGGCUUGUGUUGGCUUCAACAGAAGUUUUUAUUAGCUUUUGCGCCGAAUUUUGUUUGUUUUGUGGUAAUGGACUCUUCUGUUAAACAAAGACAAGUUUUACUUGGUACAAAACACAAAUGUGCAGUUUAUUUAUAGUUAUUUGGAAAACCCACUGAGUUCUCCGCCAAAUCGACCUUGCACAAUUCCAGAUAGGUCAGGUUUCUUUUCCGGUAACUUAAUGUCAGAUCGAUGUUGUAGAUUUCUUUCUUUUUCGUAAGGUUUAGUGGUUCUUUUUUCAGAGAACUUUUUGUUUUCAAAUUUAACUCUUCCGGUGCGAUCCUGAAGUUGUGUUUGUUAUUAAACGCACAACAUACUGCUUUUCCGCAAGUCGUUUUACAGUAAUGUUGCAAAACAAAUUGCAUGUUUUUUGCCCGUUACCGUAGCUUGAGCAAUCAUUGCGCAUUGUGCUUGUUUCAGAGUAGUAAUCACGUAUUAACUGUCGAUAUCCUCUUGAAAAAGCUCUCUUCAGUUCUUGUGGUGCGCGCAAUUGGUACCUGUUCCCUUACGCGUAUGAAGACUGAUCAUAAAUAUGUGACAUUCUUCUAGUAAACAAGACGCUGUGUGAGCGUAUAUUUGGGCGUGGUCGUACUACGGGUAUGAUACUUUGAACAUGCCUUAUUGCAGCUAAAGAACUGUCAUCAUAUCUUACCAGAGAAGACAAAUUGUUUGCUGCACCACACAGCUUAUACAGUAUGUCCCAAUCCACAACAAAAAUACUGUCACUUCACGACAAUGUUUGAAAAUAUGCACAUCUUCAAUGUAGGCAUGCUUGGAGCCAAAUUACAACAUAGGACAUAAGUGGUUACAGCCCAGAGGGUAAGGUUUAUCUCAGCUCCACUGAUACUGACAGAUGUGUUUUCACACCCAUCACUUUGUACAGUGUAUUCCGGUUACUAACAAGGGCAAAUAAAGUUCCUUAAGUCCAGUAUCCACAAGGAUUAAUAAGAGAGUAACACAUUUCAUAAACUGCUAUAGGGCAGCACUGUUUACAGGAACAUUGGUAACUAUUAACAUUUGAUAUACUACAAUUUUCAACAUUGCUUGAGAAAAGAUGAGGUUCAAAGGUGGCAAUAUGUACACCUUUGAGUUCAUAUAUAUCCUCAUUCCUAUGUAGAGGCUGAAAAUAUUGUACUAAUUUAUGCAUGGAUGGUAUUUCCAACAAUACACAUGUCCCUUCACUGUGACUGUUAUGAUACAUAUCUCUAGCAUUAGAAUCAAAUGCAUUAUAUCCCCCAGCCUCAGUGCUGUAGAUACCAACACAAAUAAUUACCACCAUUAAAAUGAAUGAUUUGUAGUUCAGUGCCAAGAGUGUUUCAAAUGCUGUAACCUGUGAGUGGCAUACAGCUAUUUCGAGAAAGGUUGUCGGAAAAAGUGCACGCGACAAUCCCGAAAGGUAUUGUGGGUGGUUUUGAAUUCACUGUUUUUCAAAGAAGUUUGAAAGAAUGACACGAGAGGCCAUUGACGUAUGUUUGCGAGUGCUAAAGGAAAGCAACAAAAGUAGGUUCGACAGCUACAGUGUCAGGAACAGUGUAUUGAUCAUAUCCCAUAUUACUUUUCGGGAUUGUCGCGUGCACAUUUCUUCCGUCAACCUUUCUCGAAAUAGCUGUGUACAGUAGUGAUGGAUGUUACAAGUAUAACUGUCAGUGUAUUCAAGGUGGAAAAAUUGCUCCAACACUGUAACCAUUCCUGGCAAUUCUGUUAACAUUGACAUAGAUUGUCCAACAAUCAUUAUUUGAGUGACAAACAAGAAUAUAAUUGAAUACCAACAAUCAUUAUUUGAGUCAUCCCCAAAUCAUAAAACUGAAGUAAUCAUUUUGUUUAUCUUAAACUGUAAAUUAAAGCGCACAGACUCACUGUUUUGUUUUCCGACACAUCGUUUUGUCCACCAUUUUCUAACCCAAAAAUCAUAGAGGACAGAACAUAUCCUCGACUACAUAAACUGAAGGUCCUGGAUUCUUCUCUAUAUCAGUACAAAGCUUAAAUUGGCCAAAAUUAACCCGGUGAUUCAAACUGUUUUAAGCAGUAUAAAAUGGAUAGUUACAUGUACAGUGGGUCAAAUUCUUACUUAGAAGCCUAUUUGGAUAUCUCAUUCCACCUAAAUCGCCUGUGCUCUGAUGCUUGGAUGACACCUUCCCUCGUUUACGAACUAGUUUUGGAGUUGCCCCUUAAGUAAAAACCCCACACUGUUACAGUUACUUCUGUACCUGUUUAAGUGUAAACCUUUUGUACUUUUAACGUAACAAUGAAUUUCAGACGACAAUGGUGUAUUUUUCCGAAUACUCUUCCAUACAAAAAGUGUCACUUUCCGUGUUUUCUGUAACAAAGAUUUUAAUUUGUUCAUUGGUAGUCUGCUAGGGGCAUGACGGUAACCGGUCGUUUCGUUCCAUGGUCAGAUCGUUGACAUCGUUCCAAGUCAGAUCGUUCCAGUCAAUAGUCAGAUCGUUCCAUAAAAUAGUCAGUUCGUUCCACAAAAAGUCAGUUCGUUCCACAUAUGAAAAGUCAAGUAAAUCUUUCUAAAUUUGUUGAGUGAACUUUAUGGCGAAGAAAAACGUUUCGUUCAUACCAGAAGCUGGUAAAAUAAUAAUCGAUCCAAAGUCGAUUCGAUCCAUCCUAAAUCGUUUGAAAACAAACAAGAGACGAUUUCAACCAGCCACGGGCUUUAACAAUUAAACCGCUGCUUUGAGAGUUUUUGAGCUAGAAUCGAUCGAUAGUUUUGAAAGAUAUAGCACAACAAGUAAAAGCUAAGCCGUUCUGAAGGUACAGUAUUUCGAAGCGCUUGUAACCUAAAUAUUUCUUUGCAGCGCCCGAUUUAUGCAAAUUUUGAAAACAACGCGAGUUUCGAAUUACAAUCUCGAUGUUAUGGUAAUUUGUCAAGCCGAAAAUAUAAUGGACUAACCUGAUUUAAACCAAUGAAAUCGUAAGUUCUGUUAUAAAUAAAUUUCACACGACGAGAACUCAAUUUAACUUCUUUUAUUUCCUCCACAACGCAAUUUUCCUUCUGUACAACUAGCUCAUUACCUUCUCUUGUCGUCACCUCGCUGCCAUCAAAACACUCUAACACAAAACUUGCUGAUAAUGCAAAAUCCCGACGCUCAGCAUCGUAUGAAAAAACACAACACGCAAUACAAAAAACAAGUACAUUAACCGUCACCCUGCUAAACAAAAUUGAAGAAGAAUUGUUGCAGUUAUCACAGUAGUUCCAAAAGAAGCCUCAGUCCCUUUUGGUUUCAAUUGUUGACAAUCGUCUCUUCCUUCGUCAAAACAGAUUUUUAUCACAGGCAACUCGCUGUGUUCCGCAAUGCAAAAUCGAAAUCACUAUUGUCACACUGAUAACCAGCUACACAAAUCUUGCGACUCUCAAACUUGUUCAACAUUCCUCUAUUCAAACUCUUAUCCAUUUUACACGUACACUCCUGAUAUUCCGAUUUGUUAUUACGUCUAUGAGUCUUUGAUGUCAUUGAAUGUCUUGAUAAUUUCCUUUGUCUUUCUUUGAGUUCGCGGACCAGCCCAUUCCGAAAACACUCAGAGUUAUUUUUUAGUGCGGGCCUACCGCGAACAGUGUGUGCAUUUGUAAGUUUAACCCGGAAUAACAUGAUUGAACAAUAUGUUAACACGUUCCUCGAAACUCCGCGGCCAAAUGUUAUCCAAACUGCUUCUCACUGCUGCUUCGAAAAAUUUCGGAUCAAACGAUAUCUAAAUCGUCCCUCAUUGGAUUAUCCACUCGACCUAACAAAAUCGACCAAUCACAAAAAAUGGACAUAAAAUAAAGAAAAGAGCAAAUUCAGAUGACCUCUUAGGAAACAUGCAUUUAAAACUGUCUUUCGAUGAUUGGUGCAUUUCGAUCCUCUCGUCAAAAAAAUGUCAGACGUCAAUCAUCUUAGCGGACCUCUUAGGAAACGAAAGUUUUCUUCAACGGGUUCAAAAGGUCAUUGUUUAUGGUUUGUGAUUGGUGGAUUUCGAUCCGUUUUUUGAGUUUCUGUGUUUCAAGGUUCGUUGCUUGUGAUCUUAUUGUGACCAAAACCCGACGUUAAUAUUCCAAAUAUUUUUGAUAGAUUUCAUUCCUGGACUUCAGACUUCCAAAUUUCGAUGAGGCAAAAAUACUGAAGAUUCAGAUUAAAUUUUGAGAUCGUAAAAGUGCGAUUAAGUGCCGCCCGGGGGAGCGAAGACACGAGGGUCUGAUAUUGUACAAGACGUUCGCAUGACAGACAUUCGCCUCGCUUCGCUUGUUUACUUGCCUUGUUUACGUUAGCACGUAUUGCGUGCCUAUUGCACAUUAGCGUCAAAACAAGCCGUUUCCAUUACUCUAUUUGGGCCACGCCCAAAUAAUAACACAGUUAGGUAAAAUAUCCAGUAUAACAAACAUAUCCAAAAAAAGAACACUGGACGUGUAACCUGAAGGCCCCGAGUUUAAGUCCUCUAGCAGCCACGCUUGUAAUAUAGCCAACUUGUUUGCCUCCCACCAGUUGGGAUUCCUAGCCAUGUUAUGUUCCAUUUGAAUUAUUUGCGUUAUUAUCCCUGAAAAGCCCCAUAAGGGAAAGGAUAACAAAGUAUAAGUAUUAAAAAAUCCAUGCCGAAUAAUUUAUUUGCUUCGUCAGGUUGUUCUCAAGGCCUUUUGCCAAACGAUUGUUCGGCAUUGGGUGUUUCGAAUAACACCAAUGAGAAUAAAACAAUGGAAAAAAACUGUAAGCUGUGUGAUCUCUAACGGUUUUAUGGCCUCAUCAGUCGUUGUCUUGAUUUAGUUAAACCCUAAAACUGAACCUAUACCGAUAUCCACAUCAAUCACCUUUCCAUAGCAAUUACGUUAAUUAUGUAGAAGAUCGAUCGUGUAAGGUACUAGUCUUGUGUGUUGUGUUUUUUUCCCUGCAAAUAAACUAUACCAUGGCACCAGUCUUCGUGAGCGGUCCCUGCUGUGUUUUGCCGUUCCUCCUUGUUCUUCAUCAUCCUUUUCUUUUACGGCAGGAAAUAUUUCUAAGAUACUUUUCUCCAUGCAUGGCUUGUCAUGAAUUCUAGCGUCACUCAAGACUUCUUAUGAUAUGACAACUUCAACCGCUUAUCUAACUCUCUUCUUUUCAGAUACGGCUGAAUGUCAAGUUAAUCCUGGUUGCUCAUGGUAAGAUAAAUCAUGGAUUAGCGUAUUGGUUUACAACAACAGCUUUUAUUUUUGACUUGAAUGGAUUCUGAUCUUUGAUUUUUCGCAUUCCGGCUGCGUUAAUAGUCUUGUCAGAGAACAUUGUUAAGCUUUUUUAUAGUUAUUUUUGAGUGGUGACACUCUGGCUUGUAUACAGCCCCGUGGGAGCAAGACAGCAACAUGGCCGUAGGUUAAGACCCCGCACCCCUGUCACCACAAGCUGGACUUGGCUUUUAGUGGUCCCAGUUUAGCUCCUCGACCUACUUGCUGCGUCAAUAAACUACUGGAUUUGAUCGUUUGAAUUAUUUGUGUUUACUUGCCUUGUGCGUCUGUAAACUAGCUAAAAGAAUUAAGUACAGUGCCAGUGUACUCAAAGCAUUUACAAUUUUGCACUUUACUAAACUCCAGGGGCUACAAUUGUUCGGACUUAAAUGGGAGUGUGAAAAUUCUGACUUUUUUGUCUCUCUCUCGUUUUUCAGGAGGUUAUAUAUAGCACCUGUUACUGGGACCAAUCUUCGACUGGUAGUAGAAAGCCGCAGAAUUUCCCCGUGUACAUGUGAUGGUGAUACACUGACAACACCACCAAUAGAUUGUAUCUUUCAAAACUGCUUUUCAUAAACUCUUACCCCGGGUUUCAGAGGUGUUUUUAACUUAAUUCCGGAAAGUUCGCUCGAAGCGCCCAGGAAAAUAAAUCCGUCUCGGGAGCUUUGUCAAACCGUGAACAUGGUUUAUUUCAUCCCAGGUAUAUAAAUCCGAGAACGGACCUCAGAAGUCAGGUAAACAAACUCUAUAAUACAAGGUGUUUUCUUAGUCAAUCCGCGAUUAUUUUCAGAACAGCUUAAACGGACUAACAACAUUUUGGUGCAACUUCGUCCAACGCGCCGGAUCCGAUGCUCUGCUACCUAGAUCAGGUCUAAAGGAGUUAAUAAUUUAGGGCCCGUUUAAACAGGGCUGACACUAUUCAAAGUUGUGUUGAUUUUGGACCAAAAUGCUGUAGUUGUUAGAAUACCUUGUUGCACAAAGUUGGAUGUUGUGGAUGAUGUUAGAUCAAGUUUAAAUGAGUUAAACAUUUGGGUUCAAACACCAUUCAGAGUUGUUGGAUGACGUAGGAGCAACAUGCUGAAUACGAUUAACUGAAUGUUUAGGGUGCCCAAUAGGUUUCUUGGAAUGCUGGAUUUGUCUCACUGAAGACGGGUAUGCAGGAUGCGAGAUGCGGGAUUCGGGAAUUUAAACAUUUUGCACGGGAUGAAGGGAUUGAAGACCUUCAUUGGAGAACGUCAAUUUUGAAAGUUUAGUUUUUGAAACCGAAGUCACCUUUAAUGGCUACGCCAUCGCGCACCAUACACAGAAGGUGUGUGCAUUAGUGGCCGAUCUUAAAACCCCUGGGGGCUUUGUUGAUAGAACGAUAUUUAGCUUGGACCGCAGUUGAAGACGAGAAGUGGACCUUCGUGCAGAUGUGUUUCUGAAUAACUCAUUUUAAGUGGAUACAGGUUUUUUGUCUGCCCUGCUUAUCGGUUGACAACGUUUAGGGACUCGGAGUUGAACAGACUGAACAUAGCAUUGCUUACGAGGUUUUGUUAAACACCGCAUAAACACUGUUAUAAUAACCGUCUCUACACAUGAAUAUAGAGGACGUUUAGAUGUUAUCGAAAAGCGUUAAUUUAUUGUUAGGAUUAGGAAAUCAUCGUUACUUCAGGGUGUUCAUUGGGCAUCGGACAUCGGAGAAUCCGUUUAUUACGCAGAAUUCUCCUGCUAACGGUCAUUUGCCUAUGACUAUUUUUUCCUCAGAUGUGGAGCCUCUUUAAAAAUAUUUUCCUGAGCGAUGUGGAGACCAAGGCACUUGUACCCCCAACCUCUCCUAUAUUUUGCAAGCCCACCCUGUGACACAGGCAAAAUAAGAAUUAGUGCAACGUUACACCUUUCUCCUGCUACUAGAAUUCUUAAUGAAAACCCUGUUACUUUAUUCCUUAACCAUUUGAUAUUUCAUAGUGCUGGAAACUGUAAAUAACCCAGUCCCGGCAAAAGUAUCUUACAGGAAACCGCCCGAGCUCACAACACCUUGUAAUGACAGUGCAGAUGAGGUAAGAACCGGCCAGGAAAUUACCGUUACUAUGCGAACUUCGAAUGUCAAAUUCACUUUACUAUGGACUGCCAUCAAUAAAACCAUGCACAUGGCACUGGCAAUUUGAAAAACUUGCCUGAAGUUUAUAAGUGGUGCAUCCAAAAGGAGUGAGGAGUAGGUUAGAGGUAGGGAUACAUUAGCGAGGACCUUAGGAAACUGAGGUUGAAGUGCAUAAGCGACGAUAUAAGGGACCUAAAGUGGGCCUAUAUAAGUGAGGACAUCAGGGAUCUUAGGUGGGUUUACAUGAGCGAGGAAAUCAGGCACUUUGGAUGGACUGCAUACCAAUUGAGUUGAUUGGGGGACUCUAGGUGGGGGUCCAUAAGCGACGACAUUUGGGACCUCAAGUGGGGUUACAUAAGCGAGGACAUUAGGGAACUUAGGGGGUGUGCAUGAGCGAGGACAUCAGGGACAUUAGAUGGACUACAUAAUUGAGUUGAUCAGGGACCUUAGGUGGGGGUGCAUAAUCGACGACAUUAGGGAUCUCAAGUUGGGUUAUAUAAACGAGGAUAUUAGGGACCUUAUGUGGGUUUACAUGAGCGAGGAGAUUAGAGACAUUAGAUGGGCUACAUAAUUGAGUUCACUAGGGACCUUAAAUGGGGGUGCAUAAGCGACUACACCCUGCACGUACAUAUUACACUAGUUUGUAAAUUUCGUUGCCGUCCCUGCACAAUUUAGACGUGAAAUAAUCCAAUUUUAAGUUUACGUGAGAACGAAAACGACAAGGCGAUGAUUUUACCGAUCUCGGUCUGAAGUCGGACGCGGUCCCCUCUCCUCAGCUCCAACCUAAUUUCUCUUCUUUGAAAUAACUGGGUGACUUGGAAUAAUAGCGAAAACGUUUGAAAGGAUACGAAGUCUAUUUUUCAGCGACGUUUUCACUGGCGUCGCCGUUGUCGGAUCAUAAGGUUCCUUUUCAAGAUAUCGCGGUCAAAGUACCAACCAGUUCCUGCCGUGGCCCUGCAGAUCAUGUACCUUGCAUAUAAUCGGCGGGGAGGCGAAAUUGGUGUUCACUAGAGAGAAGAAUCUUUCCCGGCUAUGCACAAGAUACCCAUGAAACACAAGGCUAGGAUUGCUUUCUCCUUCGUCGAACGUGAUUAAUGUUCUGUGAUAUUCUGUUGCAGGGGAAGCCCCCGUGUGCAUUGGCAAGCAUAUCCUCUCCUGCAAGGCUCACCGUUUUUUUGGUGCUUAUCUUGACGUUAUUCAGUGCAUGAAAUGACAACUGGAUAUAAUGGAUAUAUCCUCAGACUGUACACCAGUCAAGCAGAAACAGAAGAAAAUGCAAGCAGCUUUUAUGCAUUUAACGUGUAGUCAAGAACGUGUAGCGAGAAUUGUUUUUGCACGCUAAUAAUGUAAAUGGGCAAUUUUGUAUUCCUGUUUUCUUUUUCACCGAAUCCUUUUGGCCCACAUUUUUUGUAAUCAUUUUCCUAUUAUAAGCGCGAACAAGGACGAAGCCGACCUCGUUAUUUUUAGCACGUGCCUGAUUGUUUUCAUCUCAGAUAUUCAGACCAGGGAGUAACCAGCCUAUGGACAGUCGUUUGGGUUGGGGAUAAUGCGAAUAAAUGCGUUCCCUCACUCUCGUUCCUUUCCUUUUUGCUGACAUCCCUCACUGGACAGAUAAUUGCAUGAUCGAGUUCUAGAUUUUGUAAAUAUUGAGGAAAGUUCUCCUCUGCAGUUUUUAUGCGAAUUUUCACUGCAGGAUUCUGUCCUCGGACGUACGAGUUCUCUGUUUUAUAGCGCAAGGGCCUUAGCUUUUGCAACAAACCGUCACGUCACAAAAUAUCCACGUUACGAAGCGUUGAUAACAAUUUUAAAAUGAAGUCAGUUGUUCUUUUUCUCUUUUCUCUUUGCGUUGUUUGCUUACCAGUGUGGCUAUUUUGUAUCAUGUGACGGAUUAUUAAAAAAGCGUUAAACGAGCUCGCCUUUUAACUGUGGGAGUUUAGAUUUCUUCAAAUUGUACCAGUUAAUCGUACUGUCUGUGCGUCUAUUGUGUACAACGUUUUGUAACGGCUCUGUUGUAAUUAAGUUUAGACGAAAAACUCUAUAACACCCCGGAACGUUUAAUUGACUUUAGAAAGCUUUUGUAAAGUGUAUUUGCCGAACUCUCGUUGCACCUUAACUCCUCUCUAUAUUGAACUUUUUAUUGCGGGUAAAUUUUAAAAAGGCAAUGGUUUUUAGUUUCAUCUAUUACUCUAAAUGUCCUUAUUUGACCUCACGCUACUUGGCUUCAUGUCAACAUUUACCAGGUACAAGAGAAAAUGAGAUUGUUUUUAUUAACAAAACUAGAAAUUGCUUUGAAACCAUCGAACUGUUUUUCAUAUUUAUUAAUGGUUAGUGGAAUUUUUCUAAUUUGUAAUGUUUUGUCCGGACUGAUUAUUAAAUGGAA